UCCCAGCCUUGCCUCAGGUGUAGGGAUUUGCAAGGAGAAAAACAGAACUACACAGCUAAGAAACUGUGUGGUUUUGUUUUUGGGUGGUUAUUUUGGAGGCUCAACCGUUCUCACCUUGGAUUUUCUGGAAACAUUUCUGGAUAAAGAGAUAGCUGCUGAGGCUAUAGCCAUCUGGGCACUGUCCCAUCUGUUCAAGGCACCCUUGUGGAUACAAGGUGCCGUCCACAAUGUCAACACAGGCGCCAACAUUUACACAGCCGCUGCAGAGCGUUGUGGCACUAGAGGGUAGUGCUGCAACGUUCGAGGCGCAAGUUAGUGGUAAUCCAGUUCCUGAGGUGAGCUGGUUCCGUGAUGGCCAGGUUCUUUCCGCUGCCGCUCUGCCCGGCGCACAGAUCUCGUUCAGCGAUGGCCGCGCUGUUCUGAUGAUCCCUGCUGUGACAGCCGCGCACAGUGGAAGAUUUUCUGUGAGAGCCACCAAUGGUGCUGGACAAGCCACUAGCACCGCUGAACUUCUUGUUACAGUGGAGACCGCACCACCCAACUUUAUUCAGAGACUUCAGAGUAUGACCGUGAGACAAGGAAGCCAAGUGAGACUGGAUGUUCGUGUUGCAGGAAUCCCUACACCUGUGGUAAAGUUCUACAGAGAGGGAGCUGAGAUACAGAGCUCUGCUGACUUUCAGAUUGUUCAAGAAGGAGACCUUUACAGUUUGUUGAUUGCCGAAGCCUUCCCAGAAGAUUCUGGAACUUACUCUGUAAAUGCUUCAAACAGCAGUGGACGGGCUACCUCCACUGCUGAACUACUGGUUCAAGGUGACGAGGUAGCAGUCCCUGCUAAGAAAACAAAGACUAUUAUGUCAACAUCUUCUCAGAUGACGUCUUCUCAGUCCCGCCAGACCAGAGAGACCAGAAGAGUGGAGUCACAUUUCCAGUCCAGCUCUAUGAUGGAAAUGCGCGUUGAAGGUGGUGUAGUGACCCAGACAUUGGCACACAAGACCCCACCACGUGUGCCUCCAAAGCCAACCUCAACCUCCAAGUCCCCAACACCACCAUCUCUUGCAGCCAGGGUUGCAGGCGGACGUCAUCAGUCACCAUCACCUGUGAGACAUGUCAAGGCGCCCACUCCGGCCCCUGUCAGGUCUGCCUCUCCCACUUCUGCCUCAAGACUGUCUGUGUCACCAAUCAGACCAGUCAAAUCCCCACUGACCACACGCAAACAAGUAUCCCAUAGUCCAGAUGUGCCUCCACCAUGGAAGCAGGGAGAGGGAUUUGUGGCGGAGUCCAGCUACAGCAUGACCACUGCCUCUAGUGCCAGUCAUGUCCAGUCUUCUGCCACCCAUGCUCACAUGGAGCAGCACUGGGAGGGCUCUUAUGGAUUGAAAACGACUGGUGCCGCUGUAUCUGGUGUCGCUGUGAGAGAGCACCAGCAUCAUGAUACGGAUGAUAAAGUGAUUGCUGUAGUUGCCGUGGUAGCAGCGGUGGACCAGGCACGUAGCUGCAACUCCCAGUCUGUAGAUGGAUCCUGCACACAGAAACGCUCUGCUGCUGUGUUUAUUGCACCAAUACAGGAGCAGGUUGAGGGUGGGAAAAAAGCGGAGGCAAAGGCUACAGUGGUUGCUGCUGUUGACCUAGCACGUGUUCGGAAGCCAAUGCAUGGAGAGAGGGGUCAUGCUGAAGAGGAAACCAUAGAUUCUGAUAUAAAACAGCAGUCGAUGCUGUCUACUACUGAGCAACAAUUCUCAACGAGGACUGAGGCUGGGCAAAUGCAAACAACAAUUCAAACACUUGCUCCUGAACAGAGUAUUCAUGUCUCCCAGAUGCAAAGAACUACCACUCAAGUGGAUACUGGCCUUGCACCAUCCCCAAUUCCACAUUUCACAGUUUCAAAAGUUAUGGUUCCUAAACCUGACCAUAGCUAUGAGGUUUCGAUAGCAGGUUCUGCUAUUGCCACACUGCAGAAAGAGUUAUCCUCUACCUCUUCACAUGCUGCUCAAAAGAUCAUCAAGCCAGUGAAGCCUCCAUCUCAUAAGAUUGUGGUGGCGACAAGAGUGACGCCAGAGCCGACCCCGCCUCCGUUUAAAGAUAUCGCAGACAGAUAUCAGACACAUUUCGACACUCAGUCACAGCAGAAACAGAUAGGCACUUCGUUUUCAGGGGGCAUGGAGCAAAUUUAUGAGGACUGGGAACAACAGGUUGUUGAAACAGCAGUUGUUCCAUCACCAAUGGAGGAGCCAACUGUGCCACCUACUCUUGUGGCUGGCUUGAAGAACGUGACUGUGACUGAGGGUGAAUCUGUGACUCUAGAAUGUCAGAUCACUGGUCACCCUGCCCCUGGCAUCAUAUGGUUCAGAGAGGACUACAGAAUUGAGAGCUCCAUUGACUUCCAGAUCACUUAUGAGAGUAAAUGUGCCCGUCUGGUCAUCCGCGAGGCCUUCGCAGAAGACAGCGGUCGCUUCACUUGCACUGCUACUAGCGAGGCUGGAACCAUCAGUACAUCCUGCUACCUGCUUGUCAAAGUGUCAGAGGAGAUUGAGAGCAGAGAGGACACUACUGUGUCUGAAUAUGUUGAAACUUCUGCAGAGCAUCAGAUUAGCAUUGGAGCCAAGGAGGAGACCAUGUCGGAGGUGAGCGCUGUUGCAGAGACUGUGGAAGCAGCUCCCUUCUUUGUCAAGAAGCCAACUGUGCAGAAGUUGGUGGAGGGCGGAAGAGUCGUCUUUGAGUGCCAGAUCGGAGGCAGCCACAAGCCCAACAUUAUCUGGAAAAAGACUGGAGUGCCCCUUACUACAGGAUACAGAUAUAAAGUGCACUACAAUAAGGAGAGUGGAGUGUGUAAAUUGGAGAUCUCCAUGACGUUUGCUGAUGAUGCUGGAGAGUACUCCAUCUUUGUCAAGAACCCUCUUGGAGAAGAGUCUGCCUCAGCCAGUCUGCUUGAGGAAGAGGAAUAUGAAGAAUACAUGAAGAAACAUGAAGUGACAUAUAAGACUGAAGUGACUACAAUGGUGCAGGAGUCUAGAGUGGCAGAAGUACCAACUGUUGCUGUUAGUGGCUAUGAGACAGAACAGAGGAUGUACAUGCAAAACAGAAUGGCUCAGCAGGCCCAAGCGACACGCACCUUCAUCUCCGAGCAGGAACUCAAGAUUACUGUCGUUGAGGAGAGGAUUAUCCAUGAGAUUGAGGUCCGCAUCAUGCAGAUUACAUACCAACAAAUUGUGACUGAGGAUCGGGAAGAGAUGGUGACUUGUGCAGACCGUGAGGCUGUACAGUCAGCCUUUGCCACUCCAGUUAAAAACUACAGAAUCAUGGAAGGAAUGGGGGUCACUUUCCACUGCAAAAUGGCAGGAACUCCACUACCCAAGAUCGUAUGGUACAAAGAUGGCAAGCGUAUCCAUCAUGGCGGCCGUUACCAGAUGGAGAGUCUUCAGGAUGGUAGAGCCAGCCUGCGUCUUCCUGUGGUGCUGCCAGAGGAUGAAGGUGUUUACACAGCAUUAGCCAGCAACAUGAAGGGCAACUCUGUAAGCUCUGGGAAACUGUACGUGGUGCCCACUGCAGGAGCAGAAGCUCCACAGAUGCCUGAGUCACCGGCAAUGCAGAGAAUGAGGUCCACAUCCCCACGCUCUACAAGCCGCUCUCCCGGUCGUUCUCCCGGACGCUCUCCUGCUCGCAGACUUGAUGACACUGAUGAGAGUCAGCUGGAAAGACUAUACAAGCCUGUGUUUGUCUUGAAGCCACAGUCAUUCAAGUGUGCUGAAGGGCAGACUGCCAGAUUUGACCUGAAAGUAGUUGGUAGACCCAUGCCUGACACUUUCUGGUUCCACAAUGGACAACAAGUUGUCAAUGAUUACACCCACAAGAUAGUGGUGAAGGAAGAUGGAACUACGUCACUGAUUGUGGUUCCAGCCAUGCCUCAUGACUCUGGAGAGUGGACCGUGGUUGCUCAGAACAGAGCUGGAAGGACCUCUGUCUCCAUGACACUUACAGUUGACGCCAAAGAAAACUUGAUCAGACCCCAGUUUAUUGAGAAGCUGAAGAACAUCAGUGUUAAGCAAGGCACUCUGGUUGAGUUGGCUGUCAAAGCCAUUGGAAACCCCCUGCCUGAUAUUGUUUGGCUGAAAAACAGUGACAUCGUCUCCCCAAUGAAGCACCCAAAUAUCAAGAUUGAAGGCACCAAAGGAGAGGCCAAAUUCCAGAUCCCCCAAACAGUAGGCACUGAUAGUGCUUGGUACACAGCCACAGCCAUUAACAAAGCUGGAAGGGAUACCACUCGCUGCAGGGUCAACAUUGAGGUGGAAACUGCUGAACCUGCACCAGAGAGGAGACUCAUUAUUCCCAAGGGAACAUACAAGGCCAAGGAAAUUGCAGCUCCAGAGUUGGAAUCCCUGCAUCUACGUUAUGGCCAAGAGCAGUGGGAGGAGGCUGACCUAUAUGACAAGGACAAGCAGCAGAAACCACAGUUCAAGAAGAAGCUGACUUCCGUCAGGCUGAAGCAUUCUGGUGCUGUCCACUUUGAAUGCAGACUGACUCCUAUUGGUGAUCCCACUAUGGUUGUUGAGUGGUUACUUGAUGGCAAACCCCUUGCAGCUGCUAACAGAUUGCGCAUGGUUAAUGAAUUUGGCUACUGUAGUCUUGACUUUGAAGUUGCCUAUGCCAGAGACAGUGGUGUCAUCACCUGCAGAGCCACUAACACGUUUGGUGCCGAUCAGACCUCGGCUACACUGAUUGUAAAGGAGGAGAAGAGCAUGGUGGAGGAAACUCAGUUACCUGAGGGCAGGAGGGGACUACACAGAAUUGAUGAGAUGGAGCGCAUGGCUCACGAAGGAGGUCCUUCUGGAGUCACUGCAGAUGAAGGGGCUGAGAAGACAAAGCCUGAAAUUGUGCUUCUUCCUGAGAAUGCAAAUGUGCAGGAAGGUGAAAUUGCAAGGUUCCGUUGCAGAGUAACUGGUUAUCCUACACCUAAGGUCAACUGGUACCUCAAUGGGCAGCUCAUUCGCAAGAGCAAGAGAAUGAGACUUCGCUAUGAUGGCAUUUACUAUCUUGAGAUUAUCGAUAUCAAGUCAUACGAUGCAGGAGAUGUCAAAGUGUUAGCAGAGAACCCUGAGGGCACAGCUGAGCAUCUGGUGAAGCUGGAGAUCACACAGAAAGAGGACUUCAGAUCUAUUCUUCGUCGUGCACCAGAGCAUAAGGCCCCAGAGCCUAGCACCAUGGCUGAACAUGGCAGAGUUUCCUUUGAUGUGGUUAAGGUUGAAAAACCAACUGCCAUCAAAGAGACCAAAGAGGUAGUGCAACUAAAGAAGACCGAAAGAGUCAUCCAUUCAAAAGCCACAGAGGAGACAGACGAGUUGAAGGGCAAAUUUAAGCGCAGGACAGAGGAAGGAUAUUAUGAAGCCAUCACUGCUGUGGAGCUCAAGUCUCGUAAGAAGGAUGAGUCCUAUGAGGACAUGCUUAGGAAGAGGAAGGAAGAACUGCUUCACCAUCAGAAAAUGUUGUCUGAGGCUGAAAAGAAAAAAGAGGAGGAACGCAAGGUUCAUGUUCCCUCAAUUAAACCAGAGAGAGUAAAGCUCUCUCCCAGCAUGGAAGCUCCAAAGAUCAUUGAACGCAUUGCUAGUCAGACCGUGUCUCAGAUGGAAGAAGUUCACUUCAGAGUCAGAGUUACCGGAAGACCAGACCCUGAGUGCCAGUGGUUCAAGAAUGGAAUUCUGCUGGAGAAAACAGAUCGCAUUUACUCGUUCUGGCCUGAAGACAAUGUAUGUGAAUUAGUGAUCAAGAAGGUCACAGCAGAAGACUCUGCUAGCAUCAUGGUCAAAGCCAUGAACAUUGCUGGAGAGACUUCAAGCCAUGCAUUCUUAUUGGUGCAAGCAAAGACAGUCAUCACCUUCACACAAGAGCUAGAAGAAACCAACGUGAAAGAAAAAGACACCAUGGCGACCUUUGAGUGUGAGACCAAUGAGCCUUUUGUUAAAGUCAAAUGGCUGAUGAACAAUGCAGAGAUUUUCUCUGGAGACAAAUACAGGAUGCACUCAGACAGAAAGGUUCAUUUCCUUUCUGUACUGACCAUCAACAUGAAGGACGAUGCAGAAUACAGUUGUGCUGUUAUUGAAGAUGACCACAUCAGGACCACUGCCAGACUCAAUGUGGAAGGUGCCCCACUGUCAAUUGUAAAGAGGCUGGAGAACAUUGAGGUGCCUGAGACCUACUCUGGGGAGUUUGAGUGUGAAGUGUCUCGAGAGGAUGCCGAAGGUGUAUGGCAUUUUGAGAACAAGGAGCUCACUCCCAGCAGCAAGCAUGCCAUCUCCUCCCGCCGAGGACGCCACAGUUUAUCUGUGAAAGAUGUAAAGAAAGAAGACCAGGGAAAAUAUACAUUCACCACGGGUGAAUUCAAGACUAGUGCCUCCCUGAAAAUGAAACUGCGCCCUGUGACCCUGUUGCACCCCCUCUCUGAUAUGACAAUCUGUGAGGGUGACAUAAGCCAGUUUGAGGUGCGAUUCUCUCAAGAAGAUGUUGAGGGCACUUGGAUGAAGAAUGGUGUUGUCAUUGAAGCUUCAGAUCGCAUCCACAUCGUUAUUGACAAGCUCAUCCAUAAACUUCUCAUAGAGGAUACAGGCAGGCUUGAUGGUGGAAUGUACUCCUUUGUAGUUCCUGCUCAGGACAUUUCCACCACUGCAAAGCUGACUGUUCAAACGAUUAGCAUCUUGGCCCCACUCAAGGAUAUUACAUCAGUUGAGGGCACCAAGGCUGUUAUGGAGGCUAAAAUCUCUGCUGCAGAUAUUAGCUCAAUUAAGUGGUUCCACAAUGACAAGCUUGUGAUGCCCAGUGAGAGAAUCCAGAUUGUUCCAAAGGGAUCCAAACAGCGUCUGGUGUUCAAUAGGACCUUCGCCUCUGAUGAAGGAACCUACAAGCUAUGUGUUGGCAAAGCUGACUCUAGCUGUAAACUGAUAGUCCAAAAAAUUUCAAUUGUGAAACAAAUGGAGGAUCAAGUUUGCACAGAGACACAGCACGUCACAUUUAAUGUGGAGGUGUCCCACCCUGGCAUUGAUGGUAUCUGGACCUUCAAGAAACAACAUCUGAAAAAUGAUUCCAAGUACAAGAUAGUGACCAAGGGCAAGAACCACAGUAUGACUGUCAUUAAUGCCAUGAAGGAUGAAGAGGGGCAAUACACAUUCGCUGCUGGUGAACAGACAUCCAGCGCAAAGCUUACUGUGUCAGGUGGCGCUAUAUCCAGACCGCUGCAUGAUAUCAUUGUGGCUGACUCUCAGACAGCUGAAUUUGAGUGUGAGGUGGCCAACCCAACUGCUGAGGGCAAGUGGCUGAAGGAUGGACAACCUUUUGACUUUGGUGAAAAUGUCAGGAGUGAGAAAAAUGGAGCUGUCAGACGUCUUGUUAUUGUCAUCACCAGACCCAAUGACAUUGGUGAAUACACCUACCAGAUUGCAAACUCCAAGACAACAGCCAACCUGAGAGUUGAAGCUGUGAAAGUCAAGAAGACCCUGAAGAACCAAACUGUCACUGAGACACAAGAAGCAGCAUUCAUUCUGGAGCUCACUCAUGAGAAUGUGAAGGGCUCACAAUGGAUUAAGAAUGGUGUAGAGAUCCAACCUAGUGAGAAAUAUGAAGUCACCGUUGAUGGCAUGGUCCACACCUUGAAGAUCAAAAACUGCACCAUACACGAUGAAUCAGUUUAUGGAUUCAAACUUGGAAAACUGUCUGCUAAUGCCAGACUGAACGUUGAGGCAAUUACUAUAACGAAGAAGCCUAAAGAUGUGACAUCACUAUUGGAUGCCACUGCCUCUUUUGAGCUGAGCCUGUCUCAUGAUGACAUCCCUAUCAAAUGGAUGUUCAAUAACGUUGAGCUUAAACCAAGUGAAAACAUCAAAAUGCUGUCUGAGAGAAAAUCUCACAAGCUGAUCAUCCAGAAUGUGGAUGACCACAAGGCAGGAGAGUACACUGCCAUGGUCGGACAUGUGCAGUGCAGUACUCAUUUAUAUGUUGAAUCUCUGCGUGUCACAAAACCCAUCAAGAACAUUGAAGUCCCAGAGACCCAGGUGGCCACUUUUGAAUGCGAAGUGUCACAUUUCAAUGUCCCAUCCACCUGGCUGAAGAAUGGAGUGGAGAUAGAAAUGAGUGACAAGUUCAGGAUUGUGGUGCAGGGCAAACUUCACCAGCUCAAGAUCAUGAACACUGGCAGUGAAGACUCUGCAGAAUACACCUUUGUCUGUGGAAAUGACAGAGUCUCUGCAACUCUGAAAGUUAGCCCCAUUUUGAUCACCUCCAUGCUGGAAGACCUCAAUGCACAGGAGAAAGACACCAUCACAUUUGAAGUGAAUGUCAACUAUGAGGGCAUCACCUACAAGUGGCUAAAGAAUGGUGUUGAGAUUCGCUCCACAGACAGAUGCCAGAGCCGCACCAAACACCUAACUCACUCUCUCACCAUCCGAAAUGUUCAUUUUGGUGAUGGUGCAGAGUACAAGUUUGCUGCUGGCUCUGCUGCAACUACAGCCAGCCUAUAUGUUGAUGCACGUGUUAUUGAAUUCACCAAGCACAUCAAAGAUAUCAAGAUCACAGAGAAGAAGAGGGCCACAUUUGAAUGUGAGAUCUCUGAGCCUAAUGCUCAGGUGACAUGGAUGAAGGAUGGACAGGAGCUGGAAAUGUCUGAAAGAUACAAGGUCUCCACUGAGAAAUUCUUGCACCGUCUAAUGAUCCAGUCAGUCCGCCUGUCUGAUGCUGCAGAGUAUUCUGUGGUCGCUGGUGCAAGCAUGUCAAAGGCUCAUCUCACCGUGGAGGGGCGUGACAUCCACAUCACAGAACCCGAGGAGAAAGAAUUCACGGUUGUUGAGAAACAAAAAGCGUCGUUUGAGUUUGAAGUCAGUGAGGACGACGUUGAAGGUCGCUGGCUGAGGAACGGUGCUGAGAUCCAGUUCAACCUUGACGAUAGGCUCCACUACAUUGCCAUUAGAAAGGUCCAUCGCAUGACCAUCUCUGAAACCUAUAGAAGUGAUGCAGGGGAGUACACCUUCAUCGCUGGCAAGAACAGGGUCGUGGUGACUCUACAUGUCAACAUUCCUGAGCCACCUCAGAUAAUUCGCGGCAUGCAGGCCCUGUCUGUGGAGGCUGGCAAACCUGCUCGCUUCUCGGUGGAAGUGACUGGCGUCCCCCAGCCCCAGGUGUUAUGGUACAAGAACUCCCAGGCUCUCUCCCCUGGCUUCAAGUGCAAGUUCCUGCGUGAAGGAAAUGAGCACACUCUGCUUCUCAUCGAAGUGUUCCCAGAGGACGCAGCCUUGUACAACUGCGAGGCCAAGAAUGACGUUGGGCUUGCCACCAGCUCAGCACCACUCAAUGUGGAAGUUUCAGAAGUCGUUUCUCCUGACACUGGAUCUCCACUGUCCAAGCCUGUGAUCAUAACACCAAUGAACAACACCUCAGUCAAUGAGGGAGAGGCUGCUAGGUUCCAGUGCAGAAUCUCUGGUGAAGAUCUAAAGAUCUCUUGGUACGUCCAUAAGAAAGAGAUCGGCCAGUCCGAUGCCUUCAGGAUGUCUCAGUUCGAUGACACCUGCCAGCUGGAGAUCACCAGAGUGUACCCCGAGGAUGAAGGGGAAUACACCUGUGUUGCCAGAAACUCGGCAGGAAUGGUCACUUGCGCCGGAUAUCUGGCACUUGAAGUGGUUGAAAAGGAGGUGGAGAAAAAGGAAAAGGAAGUUAAAGUGCCACCGGUUUUCAGGUACAAAAUCCAGCCCCUGGAGAUCAAUGUUGGCAGCGGAGCCAAGUUCGAAUGUGAGAUUGAAGAUGCACCAAAUGUGCAGUUCAAGUGGUCCAAGUCUGGCACUCCGAUCAAAGAGAGUUCAAAUUGCAGGAUCAUCAGUCGGCAACUGACAUCUUCAUUGGAGCUUCUGAGCCCAACCAAAGCUGACAGUGGUGAAUAUACCUGCAAGGCUACAAACCAGAAUGGCAGUGACACCUGUGCCGCCACACUCAACGUAACUGAACUUUUCCCACCUGCCUUUAUUACUAAGCCUGAUCCAUUGACAUUGUAUGUUGGGAAAAAGGCAAACAUUCAGUGUGUAGUCACUGGAUCUUCACCGAUGACUAUUGUCUGGCAUAAAGACAACAAUGCCAUUUCUUCGGGGGGAAACUACAAAAUCUCCUCAGAAAAGAAUAAAUAUAUUCUUGAAAUAUCAAAACUUGAACUUACGGAUCAAGGUGUUUACCUGUGUAAAGCGUUCAACAGUGUUGGAACUGCUGUGUGCAGCAUGGAGAUGAAGGUCAUCAACAAACCCUAUUUUGUGAAAACACUUGAAUCAGUGUCAGUCGCUGUUGGAAAUCCACUGCACCUUGAGUGUCAGUUGGAUGAGGAUACCGGAGUGUCCAUCACCUGGAUAAAAGAUGGCAAAAAGCUCCAUCAAACAAUGGAUUGUAAACAGUCUUUUGAAGAUAAGAUGGUCACUCUUGAUAUUCCAAAAGGAAAACUUAAAGACACUGGAAACUAUGUCUGUACAGCUGCCAAUGAUGCUGGAAGCACAAGUUGCUCCACUUCAAUAAAGGUUCAAGAACCUCCUGAAUUCGUACUGAAAUUGCCACAUACAACGUUCGUGAAGCAGGGCGAGCCACUCCAUCUUGAAUGCAAAGUUACAAGUGCGCCCUCUCUGCGAAUGCAGUGGUACAAAAAUGACAAUAAGAUAACAGAUGGUGACAACUGUAGAACUUCAUUUGUUGACUCAAUGGCAGUCCUUGAGCUGUGCUCCACAAGAUCUGCUGAUGAUGGAGUAUACACCUGUGAGGCACAAAAUGAUGCUGGGGCUGUAAACUGCAGCACCAUCAUCACAGUGCAAGAUCCACCAAGUUUCAUGAAAGUACCGAAACCUGUAGAGGGGAUCAAAGGAAAAGAUGCUAUGCUAUACUGUGAACUGAAUGGCACAGAACCCUUUAAGAUAAUCUGGUACAAAGACAAAAAGCCACUUAAGGAAAGCAGGAAAUAUAAGAUGAUGAAUGAGAGUAGCUCUGCCACUCUCCAUAUUCUUGCAGUGGACCCCUCAGAUGUUGGUGAAUAUGAGUGCGGGGUCACAAACAAAGUAGGAUAUGAAACAUGCCAUACAACAGUUACGCUCAGAGAAGCACCUGUUUUUGUGAAGAAACUGGUAAACCAGUCAGUCAAAUUGGGUGAAGAAGUCACUCUGAUGGCCACCGUCAAAGGCUCUCAGCCUAUAACUGUUUCUUGGGUGCAAGAUAAGGAUCAUGUUCUUAGGGAUGGAGACAACCGGAAAAUCACAUUUGAGAACAGCGUGGUCACCCUGAAGGUCUUUAAGGCUGACCAAACCACAGGUGGCAAAUAUAUCUGCCAACUCAAAAAUGAUUCUGGAGUUGUGGAAUGUGUUUCCAACCUCACUGUCUUAGAACCGGCUACCAUUGUGGAUAGCCCAGAGUCAUUCAAUGUCAAGGCAGGUGAUUCAGCAACUCUUGAAGUCACCGUAGCCGGAACACCAGAAUUGAAAUCUACGUGGUUCAAGGACGGUGUCGAGCUCUCCUCUGGCACCAAGCAUAAGAUAACCUUCUCAAAUAAUAUCUCCAGCCUGAAAGUCCUGUCGACAGAGAGAGUUGAUACAGGAGAAUACAAAUGUGAGGUCAAAAAUGAGGUUGGCAGUGUUUCCUGCAAGACAACCCUCACUGUCCUAGAUAAAAAGAUUCCACCCACAUUCAUCAGGAAACUGAGAGACACCCAUACUAUUGUUGGUAAACCUGGUGAAAUGGAAUGCAAAGUUGCAGGUUCUCCACCUUUCACUAUCUCUUGGCACCACAUUGGUCAGGAGAUCAAGAGUGGACCAAAUCACGAAAUUAUUUGCAGUGACAACACCUGCAAAGUUAAACUGCCAACUCUUAAGUUGUCCGACUCUGGAAAAUACACAUGCAAAGCCGUUAACACAGCAGGAGCCAGUGAAACAAGUGCUUCUAUGAUUGUACAAGAACCUCCAUCCUUUGUGGAAAAACCUCAGGCAAAGGAAGCUCUGCCUGGUGCAAAUGUAACAUUUUCAGCAACAGUCCAUGGAAGUGCCCCACUGAAACUUAAAUGGUUCAGGGGCACCAGGGAAAUUGUGUCUGGAAAGGGCUGUGAAAUUGCUCUCCAGGGCAAUGCAGCUACUUUGGAGCUAUACAAAGUGGCCAAAUCAGAUGCUGGAGAGUAUACAUGCCAGAUUAUAAAUGAUGCUGGGAAGGAAAGUUGCCCAGUUAAUCUGUUCAUGAAAGAACCAGUACAGUUUGUGAAGAAGCUGAAGGACAUGUCUUCUGAAAAGGGGAAACCUUUGAAACUUGAAUGCACAUACAAUGGAACUCCCAAAAUAUUUGUUACUUGGUUGAAAGAUGGGAAACAGCUCUAUGCCUCUUAUCAGUAUAACGUGUUGACCACAGAGACUUCCUGCGUCUUGGAAGUACUCAAUAGCGAUAGCAUGACUGCAAGUGGGAAAUACUCUUGCGAAGUUACCAAUGGAGUUGGAACUGAUAUCUGCCAUGCUCAAGUGACCUUAUUAGAACGACCAUUCUUUGUUGAGGAACUGGAACCAAUGGAAGUCACUUCUGGUGAUCCAGUUUGCUUGAAAUGCCGCAUUGGAGGAACCCCUGAUAUUAGUGUGUCCUGGUUCAAAGCUGACGGAAAGCUUUAUGCUACCAAUACUUGCCAAAUGGCAUUUUCAAAUGGCAUUGCGACUUUGAUACUAAGCAAACCGUCAAAGGUUGAUACUGGUGAAUACACAUGCAAAGCUGAGAACAGAAUUGGAUCUGCCUCAAACAGCUGCCGCUUAUCAGUGAAAGAUGUCAAAACACCACCUUCCUUCCCCAAGAAAUGUACUAGUCUUGAACAGGCUGUAGGACAGCCAGUCAUAUUUGAGUGUCGUGUUGUAGGAUCCUCUCCUUUAGAAGUCUCCUGGCUAAAAGACAAUGGAUCUUUAAAAAAUGAUGGAGAAUACUUAAUGUCUUAUGAUGAUAACACUGCUGCCCUAAAAAUUGCACGGGGUGAAAUGAAACACUCUGGGGAAUACACUUGUAUAGCUACAAAUAGUGUUGGAACUGCAUCUUGUAAAGCUAAACUCGAGCUUCAAAUUCAAGAACCAGUACACUUCAUCAAGAAGCUGGCAGACAUUUCAGUUGUCAAGGGCAAACAUUUGAAACUCGAAUGCACAUACUCUGGAACGCCCAGCAUAUUUGUCACCUGGCUGAAGGAUGGGAAACAACUCUAUGCCUCUUAUCAGUAUACUGUGACAACCACAGACACCUACUCUAUGUUGGACGUCCUUAACAGUGACAGUUUUGAGGCAGCUGGGAAAUACUCUUGCGAAGUUACCAAUGGAGCCGGAACUGAUAUCUGUCAUUGUCAAGUAAAAAUAGAGCGCAAAAUCUCCCCCAACUUCACCAAGAAGCCUGCAGAGACAAUGGAAGAUACAGAGGGUCAUUUGGUGAAGAUUGAGGGUCGUUUAUCUGGAUCUCAACCCAUUGACAUCGUUUGGUCCAAGAAUCACAGUGAAAUUCACGCCUCUGAUAAGUACGAAAUGGAAUUCAAGAGCAACGUGGCCAUGCUGCAUAUCAAGAGCUCCCAACUCUCAGACAGUGGUGCUUAUACCUGCACAGCCACCAAUGAAGCUGGUAGUGCCUCCUACCAAGUGUCACUUAACAUUUCAGAACACAAGAAGGGCCCAGUAUUCGACAUCCCUCUCAAACCUGUGACUGUAAACGAGGGUGAGAACCUGAAGCUUAGCUGCCAUGUCCAUGGAGCCCCUCCUCUGAAGAUUAAUUGGUUGAAGGAAAGGAAGGAGAUAAAAUCCUCCACAAACUGUAGAGUUGUUUUUUCUGAUGGCACUGCCUCUUUGGAGGUCCUCCGCACAUCGAAAACAGAUGCAGGGGACUAUCUCUGCAAGGCUACCAACGAUGUUGGAAGUGAAUUUGCAAGGUCCAGAGUGACAAUUAGAGAAAAAGAAGUCAAACCUGAGGCCACUGCUGCAGCCCCAGCUCCAGCUCCAGCAAAGACUCCAACAAAGAGAUUUGACAACUUGUUCUUUGUAGAUGAGCCCCUGAGUGUCAAUGUAACAGAGAAGGGCACUGCAACUUUCAUUGCCAAAGUUGGAGGUGAUCCUAUUCCUAACGUGAAAUGGAUGAAGGGCAAGUGGAGACAGAUCACUCAUGGUGGUCGCAUCACUAUUGAGCAGAAAGGCCCAGAUGCCAAGUUGGAGAUCACAGAAAUAACCAAAUCUGACUCCGGACAGUACAGAUGUGUCGCAACUAACAAAGCAGGAGAAAUAGAAUGCAGCACUGACCUGAAUGUUGACGAAAGGAAAGACACCGGGGGAGUAGAUGGAGGCUUCAGAGCAAAACUGAAGAAGACACCAUCCAAACAGAAAAGUCCAAAGAAGGAGGGAGAGAUUGACCUCGUGGAGAUUCUUAGGGGUGUGGACCCCAAAGACUAUGAAAAAGUUGUUAGAGAAUACGGAAUCACUGACUACCGUUGUCUUCUUCAGGCCAUUGAGCAGCUAAAGAGGGAGAAAGAAGCGGAAAGUGGAAAACCGGAAACUGAGCAUGGAGGAGAAUCUAAGGAUACGGCCAGGUUUAUGGCUGAGUUGCAAUCAAGAAUGCAGGCUGAGCCUGUCACUCUGGUGAGCGACAUCGAAGACCAAGAUACCACUCCAUUAAGCACAGCAACCUUUGAGUGUGACAUCAAGAUCAACUACCCUGAGAUCACCCUGUCCUGGUACAAGGGAACUCAGAAGCUUGACAACAAUGACAAAUAUGAAAUCAGCAUUGUCGGUGACCGUCACAUCUUGAAGAUCAAGCAGUGUCAAACCAAAGACCAGGGCAACUACCGUGUUGUAUGUGGCCCACAUAUCUCCAGCGCCAAAUUGACCGUUGGGGAUGGAGAUCAACAAGCUGGCAUAAUUCACUUCACCAAACGCAUCCAGAGCAUUGAAGUGAAUGAGAACCAAUCUGCUACCUUCGAAUGCGAGUUGUCCUUCGACAAUGCUAUCGUUACAUGGUACAAAGACACCUGGGGACUUAAAGAGAGCCCAAAGUAUAACUUCAGAAGUGAAGGCCGACGACACUUUAUGACCAUCCGCAAUAUAACCUCUGAUGAUGAAGGCGUUUACUCGGUGAUUGCGCGGUUGGAACCCAACGGUGAAGCUAAAAGCACAGCUGAACUUUACCUUUCAGGCAAAGAAAUUGAAUUAGGAAGGGUUCCUUUUGAUGUCCCAGAUUCAUCAAUACAAGCAUACAAAGAAGAAUCAGCUGAAUACUAUUAUGAAGAAAUGACAGAAAUGAGAGAAUUUGAGCAAGAAAUGCAAGAAAGUUGGGAAAUGCAAGAAGAAAAGAUAGAACUUCAGUUCUCUUCAUACACAGGAGAAAGGAUACCCGUUGAUGAAAGUGUUUCCAAAACUCAAGUGGGAACAAGAGAAGGAGUACCUAAAGUUCCUGAAGCUUACAAGGAACCUGAGGAAAGGCCAUCAGCUCCAGCUCCGACCAAAGUACCUGAAGCAAGGAGGCCUCAUGAAGAAAAGAUCACUCCACUGGUUGAACAUGAAAAGCCCUGUCCCACUCCUACAGAAGAAUAUGUUGAACCAAAGCGGGCCAUUUCACCACCAGAACCCAGCAAAGAUGUGCCUACACCCAUACCUCAUAUGGCUACUGAGCCCAAAGUGGCCCCUGAGACAAAAAUGGCACCUGCAGCUAGGGUUGAAGCUCAACCAAAGCCAAAACCCAUUCCCACAAAGACACCAGAAGCUCCUCACCCCAAAGUUCCUGAGGAAUAUCCCAAAGCUGAGCCCAUUAGAAAGCCAGAGUCACCUCCACAAGAGGACAUUUCAAAAAAAGUGCCAGAAAUAAUCAUCAAGAAAGAAGAACCCACACCUCAACCACCUGCAGCUAAGGUUGUUCCCAAAAAAGUACCAGAGAUCACAAAGAAAGAAGAAUCUGCGAUUCCACCACCUAAACCUAAAGAUGUUCCCAAAAAGACAGACACUACUCCAACAAAAGUUAUCACGGAUGUUAAAACAACGGAGAGGCCAAAGACAGAUGCCGAUAAAAAGCUGGAAACUAGCAAGCCUAGGCCAGUUGCAGCACCAACUGCACCAACACCAACAGAGGCAGCUAAAAAAACAGCAAUGAGCAAAUCAGAGCCAGUUGCAGCACCAAAGGAAGAGGCAGUUAAAAAGCCACAGCAAGCAACAAGCACGGCAGAGCCAGUUGCACCAAAGGAAAUCCACACAGAGAAAGUGAAACAGAAGGAUGAGCCGCCUGUGAGAACACCAGUAACUAAACCUAAAAAGGAGGAUGAAGUUGCUGUCACAAAAGAAGUCCCCCAGAAACCAGAGAAAGUUACUCCAGCUGCAAAAUUAGAAGUCACACCUAAGCCCAAAGAAACCCCUGAAGUAAAAGCCAUCACAGUUCCUUCAACAACUGAGCUAACUGUAACAACAGAGACUGAAGCAAGGAAAGAUGUUUCAGUGAAGAGGGAUUCAGUAACUGAACAGCUGAAAGAAGUUUCACUAAACCUUAAUUCAGCUUCUGAAGUGUGGCAAGAACUUUCAGUGAAGAAGACUUCAGUAACUGAAAUGAGACAAGAAGUUUCAGUUAAGAGGGAUUCCAUGACUGAAACAUGGCAACAAGUUCCAGUGCAGAGGGAUUCUGUGACUGAAGUGCCACAAAAAGUUUCAGUGAAGGUGGAUUCAGGGGCUGAAAAGAGGCCAGAAGUUUCAGUGAAGAGAGAUUCAGUGACUGAAGCACGGCAAGUAGUUGCAGUGAAGAAGGCUUCAGUAACUGAAGUAAGGCAAGACGUUUCAGUGAAGAGGGAUCCUGUGACUGAAGCAGGGCAAGUUUCACAGAGAACAGGUUUCAUUGAGAAAAUUUCCCUGGCAGAGGAAGUUAGUUUCAGAGAAGAGGUAUCAUAUGGAGACAAAGCUAUGAUAUAUGAGAGAGAAAAGGAAUUGACUCAGAUAAACGUAAGGGAUGAUAUUUCUUUAGAAGAGGAAGAUAUACAACAAACUGAGAUAGUAAGGCAAGAAGUUAAAAUAAAGAAAAUAGAUGAUCAACCAAUUCAAGCCAUUGUUGCAAAGAAAGAGGAAGAUGCAACCCAAAGAGAUAGUGUUAUACACAUUGACCCAGCGACAGUGGUUCCACCAAAGAAAUCAGCUACUACUACCACUAAGAAAGAAGCUAUCUUAAGUAUAAAGGUUAUUCCUCAAAGGAAAGUUGUCUCACCUAAGGUAGAAGCCAUUCCUUCUAAGAAAGCUGUCUUAUCUGAGGUAGAAGCCAUUCCUUCUAAGAAAGCUGUAUUAUCUGAGGUAGAAGCCAUUCCUUCUAAGAAAGCUGUCUUAUCUGAGGUAGAAGCCAUUCCUUCUAAGAAAGCUGUCUUAUCUGAGGUAGAAGCCAUUCCUUCUAAGAAAGCUGUCUUAUCUGAGGUAGAAGCCAUUCCUUCUAAGAAAGCUGUCUUAUCUGAGGAAGAAGCCAAUGCAUAUAAGAAAGCUGUUUCACCUAAAGUAGAUGUCAUUCCACCUAAGAAAGCUGUUUCACCUAAAGUAGAUGUCAUUCCACCUAAGAAAGCUGUUUCACCUAAAGUAGAUGUCAUUCCACCUAAGAAAGCUGUUUCACCUAAAGUAGAUGUCAUUCCACCUAAGAAAGCUGUUUCACCUAAUGAAGAUGACAUCCCGUAUAAAACUAAAAUAUCACAGAAGACAAUCAAACAAAAGGAAAAAGAAGAAGAAGAGAGAGUUCAGCCUCCAACACCUCACAAAGACCAAAGGGUCGCCCCUGAAGUGGUCCCUGUUUCAAUUACAGAUGAUACCAUUCGUCCACAAGAACCACCAGAGGAGAAGAAAAUCUCUCCUCCAACACCAAAGCCUUCACCUGCUCCCUAUGUAGAAAAAGUAUCAUCCCCUGAAGCGACACCAGACAAGAAAAUCUCUGCACCGAAGCCAAAGCCUUCAGAUGCCCCCCAUGUGGAGAAAGCUUCUCCCCCUGAAGUGAAACCAGUGCAGAAGAAAGCCUCCCCCCCACCACCUCAGAUACCAAAGCCUUCACCUGCUCCUCUUGUAGAAACAGUGUCUCCUACUGAAGCUGAAAAGAGAUCCUCCCCACCGAUGAAAACGCCUUCACCUGUUUCACCUAGUGCUUCACCCCCUGAAGAUAAGGGCCCUGUAACAGCACCCGGGGGAGCUGGCAAAGCAAAAACAACUGCGGUGCCAACGAUUAUUAAGAAAAAGGGUAGAAUUCCUGUUCUGAAGGAAGAAAAACUUGAAAUGCCAACUUUGAAGAAAGUGACCAGAAUUUCAAAGGACACUGAGGAAGAGCAGGAUAUCAUUAAGCUGAAAAGGGUGCCACAGAUACCCUCAGAAGAAGAGACAGUUGAACCGGAGGUUCCGACCCAGGAAGCCUCAAGGACCAUAGUUGUUGAAAGUUACGAGAGAGAGGAGUAUAUGUUUGAAACAACAGAAAUAGCUGAGAGAACCUCAGUAUACGUUAAGAAGCCAAUUGAACAGGUGGAGUUUCACAAACCUAAAGAAGUUGCAUCAAAAGAUUCUACUGAGGAAUCUUUGGUUCACCUGAAAAAAUCCCAAAAGGUUCUGAAAGUUGUCCAAGUAGAGGAGAAAAUGGGUUUGAAGAAAACACCAAAGUUGCUGAAAGAAGAAUCACCUGGCCAACCUAGUUUAUCUCUGAAGAAGGUAUCAAAAUUGCCAUCAGACGAGAAAGAGCAAGAAACUGUCAAGCUUAAACCAUUUGAAAAACCUGCUAAACCGGGAACUGUUGAGCCAGAGAAAGACAAAAAAGACACUGAAUCCAGAGCUGCUUAUGAUAGAAGUGAGAGACCACAAAGAGAUGAAGCAGUUAAAGAAUCCGUUUCUGCUCCUAUGAAGAAAUCUGAAACCAUCUCAAAGGAUACAAAAGAGCCACAGGCAGCCAAAUUUAAACCAGUGGCCAAAGCUCCUGAAGAUGAACACGAAGAGUUUGACAAACCACUGACAAAGGUGAAGACAAUUCCUUCGCAGGAGCAAGAGAAGGAAGAAGUUAAAUUGAAGCCAUUUUCUAAGUCACCAAAAGCUGAAACUGUGAAGCCUGAGAAGGAGCCUGAGAAGAAGAAAGAGGCUGAAAAACCUCUUCAUCAAAAGCCAAGUCCUCCAAAACCAGUACCUGUAAAGAAAAUUGAAAAGAGUCCUCAAGAGGAAAAACCAACACAAUUAAAAAAGGUGGAGCUUGUGCCUAAAGAACCAGAAGAAAAAGAAAAAGACAAACCCUUAAAGCAUGAAGAGACACUUAAGAAAAAGGUGGAACUGAAAAAGACUCCUUCACCUAAGGUUGAAAAACCAAAGCCAAAAGAAAUUGAAAAGAUUAUUAUGGAGAGGAAGCCCAGUGCAGAACGCACCAAAAAGCUCCCUAGACAGGUUUCACCUAAAGAUUCAUUUGAAGGUGUUACCCUAAAAAAGGUUCCAAAGAAAAUAUCACCAGAAGAGGAAGCACCACAUAAAACUGUUAAAGAGAAGGUGCCAGCAAUGAAGGAACUGUCCCCUGUACAGUUACGAAAGAUUUCAACUCAGUUGGAGGAGGAAGUCUUUGAGGAGGAGCCAGAGAAGGAGCUGGAAUCUGACAAUGAAGGUUGGGGAUGGGAACUUGUCCCUCGAGAUAGUUCUGGGUCCACAGAAGACUGGGGAGAGGAACCUUUAGAAGGUGAUGCACGUGAGACCCCUGGAAUGCCAGGUGCCAGCAGAGAUGGGAAACCAAAAGAGGAUGCUGCCGGUAGAGGUAGAGGUAGAGGCAUUCAAGCUAAGCAAACCCCCUCACCUGGUGGUGGUCGGGGUAGAGGACUGAAGCCCGGUGCUGGAGGAGACAAACCCCCAGAUGCUAAUCCUUUUGGAUUCCAGCUCAAAGCAGUUCCCCUGAAGUUUACGAGACCACUCAAAGACAUAGUGUUACAGGAGGCUGAGUCAGUCGGCGCUUCUGCUACGUUUGAGUGCGAGGUUUCGCCUUCUACUGCAAUUACUACAUGGAUGAAAGAUGACGCCAACAUAAGAGAGAGCCCAAAACACAAGUACUACUCGGAUGGCAAAGAUCGCAAACUGCUCAUCAUUGAUGUGCAAGUUUCUGACACUGGUGAAUAUACUUGUGUUGCCAAGCUGGGCAACAAGGAAAAGACAACAACCGCCAAACUAAUAGUAGAAGAAUUGCCUGUGAAGUGGGUAAAGACUCUGGAAGAGGAUGGUAUGUCGGUCCUCAAGAGUCAGCCUAUGUACCUGACCUGUGAGUUGAACAAAGAGAGAGAUGUGGUCUGGAAGAAGAGUGGUGUCCCUCUUAAAAACAUCCCUGGAAAAGUGGCUAUCAAUGUCAUUGGAAUGCAGCAUGCCAUUACAAUCCAGGACACAGGAGAUGACGACGCUGGCAUUUACGCUUGCGAGUGUGAUGACAUCAGGACUAAAACAGAUGUCAAAAUCAUUGAAAUUAUCAGAGACUGGUUGCAGAAACCAUUAAGAGAUCAGCAUGUGAAACCCAAGGCCACUGCCACUUUCAAAUGUGAGCUCUUCAAAGAAACCCCCAACUGGAAGUGGUUCCAUGGCGACAAGGAGAUUCCUAAUGAUCCCACUGACAAGACUGAGGUCAAGAAAGAAGGAAAACAACUGACUCUCAUAGUUAAGAAAGUAUCACCUGAUGAUAUUGGGCAAUAUGCCAUGGAGGUGGAAGGCCGCAGAUACACAGCUAACCUGACUCUUGGAGAACGUGAAGCUCAGAUCUUGAAGCCUAUCUCCAGUAUGGAGGUUGUUGAGAAAGAGGAGGUUACGUUUGAAACUGAAAUAUCUGAAGAGGAUGUGGCUGGAGAAUGGAAACUUAAAGGGCAAGUCCUGCAAAGAUCACCGAUGGUUGAAAUCAAAUCUGAGGGCCAGAAACGUUUCCUCACUCUGAAAAAUGCUCAGCUUGACCAGUGUGGCGAAGUGUCUUAUCAAGCUCUGAACGCUAUCACGAGUGGGGUGCUCACAGUCACAGAACUGGAAAUGGACUUCACAGUCCCCUUGAAGGACGUGUCUGUACCUGAAAAGAAACAGGCUAUGUUUGAGUGUACUAUCACAAAGGAUGUGCCUAAAGUCAUGUGGUUAAAGGGGUCAGACAUCCUGUCGACAGGCGAUAAAUAUGACAUUAUUGAUGAUGGAAAGAAACAUAUAUUGGUCAUAAACAACAGUGAAUUUGAUGAUGAGGGACAAUACACUAUUGAAGUCUUGGGCAAAAAGUCAACAGCCCAGUUGACUGUGGAGGGUAUGAGGCUCAAAUUCAUAACACCACUAAAGGACCAGACUGCCAAGGAAGGUCAAACAGCUCGGUUUGAGGUUGAGCUCUCUCAUGAGAAGGUACCCCUGACAUGGUACAAAAAUGAAAUCAAACUCCAUGUGAGCAGGACCGUGCUCAUCCAUUUUGAAGGAAAGAAACACACCUUAGAAAUCAAGGAGUUGACUCUAGAUGAUACCUGCCAGAUUAAGGCAGAGGCUAAAGGAAUUCCCUCAACGGCAAACUUGACGGUGCUAGAGGGUGACGCAUACUUCACAGUGAAGUUGCAGGAUUACACCGCAGUCGAGAAGGACGAGGUCACUCUGGACUGUGAACUCAGCAAAGAUGUCCCUGUGAGGUGGUACCAUAAUGAGACUGAAAUUAAGGCCUCUAAGAUUGUAACCAUAAGGGCUGAGGGCAACAAAAGAACGUUGUCUAUCAAGAAAGUGGAAGGAAAAGACAAGGGACAAUACCUAUGUGAUUGUGAUACGGACAAGACCAUGGCAACCAUUAGCAUUGAAGCUCGUGAUAUCAAGGUAUCUCGCCCAAUGUAUGGUGUUGAGCUCUUCGAUGGCGAGACCGCUCGUUUUGAAGUGGAAAUCUCUGAAGAUGAUGUCCAUGGCCAGUGGAAACUGAAGGGAGAAACCCUUUCACCUUCCCCAGAUAUUGAAAUCAUUGAGGAUGGUGCCAAGCACACUUUCACAUUAUACAACUGCAAGGUCUCCCAGACAGGAGAGGUUGGAUUCACAGCUGCCAAUGCUAAGUGUACAGCCAACCUGAAAGUGAAAGAACUGCCACUGACCUUUAUCACACCUUUGAGUGAUGUGCAAGUGUAUGAGAAAGAUGAGGGAAGAUUUGAGGUUGAGAUUUCAAGACCAACCAAGACCUUCCGUUGGCUCAAGGGAUCUCAGGAGUUGGAAAAUGAUGACAAGUUUGAGAUUAUCCAUGAAGGAAAGAUACACACUCUGGUGGUCAAAAAGGCUGCAUAUGAGGAUGAAGCUAAAUACAUAUUUGAGGCUGAGGACAAGAGGACCACAGGAAAACUAGUUAUCCAAGGUAUACGCCUUGAGUUUGUCAAGCCCAUCAAGGAUGUCACAGUGAAGGAGCGUGAAACAGCAGAGUUCAGUAUUGAACUGUCACAUGACAAAAUCUCUGUUGUCUGGUACAAGAACGACGUCCGUCUGCACCCCAGCAAGGUUGUGCACAUGUCAGACAAUGGCAAAAUGCACACCUUGACUUUCAAGCAGGUGUCCAUUGAUGACACAUCCAUGAUCAAAGUGGAAGCCUUGGGCAAGAGCUCUGAGGCCAUGCUCACUGUUCUUGAGGGAGAACCUUACUUUGUCACAAAACUGCAAGACUACACUGCCGUUGAGAAGGACGAAGUGAUGCUGGUUUGUGAACUUAGCAAGACCUCUGCUGAGGUGAAAUGGUUCAAGGACGGCCAGGAGAUCAUGCCUAGCAAGAAUCUGAUCAUUAAAACCGAUGGAAAGAGGCGUUUGCUGACAGUGAAGAAAGCCGAGAAGGGCAACAUUGGAGAGUACACUUGCGAUUGUGGUUCUGAUAAAACCACAGCCAGGCUGGACAUUGAGGAGCGUGACAUUAAGGUUGUUCGUCCACUGUACAGCGUGGAAGUGACAGAAACUGAAAUUGCCAAGUUUGAGACCGAGAUCUCUGCCGAUGAUGUCCACGGUCACUGGAAACUCAAAGGAGAGGCCCUUCAUCAGUCUCCUGACUGUGAGAUUAAGGAGGAGGGUACAAAGCAUGUCCUUAUCCUAUACAACGUUCGCAUGGAUCAGGCCGGAGGUGUCGACUUCCAGGCUGCCAAUGCUAAAUCCAAUGCUCAGCUCAGAGUUAAAGCGCGGAGUAUAGGGCUUAUGCGGCCUCUCAAGGAUGUUACUGUUACUGCCGGGGAGACCGCCACUUUCGACUGUGAACUUACUUAUGAAGGAAUCGUUGUCGAAUGGUUCUUGGGAAGCACCAAGAUGGAGCUAGGUGAAAGGGUGGUCACCAGAGCAGAAGGCAAAGGACACAGCCUAACUAUCAGAAAUGUCAAGCUGACAGAGGCUGGGGAAGUCAGGCUCACUGCAAAGGACUUCAAGACCCAGGCCAAACUCAUUGUCAGGGAGCCACCAGUUGAGUUUACCAAACCUCUGGAGGACCAGACAGUUGAGGAAGAGGCCACUGCUUCAUUGGAGUGUGAAGUCUCCAGGGAAAACGCUGAGGUCAGGUGGUUCAGAGACACACAGGAGAUCCGCAAAACUAAGAAAUAUGACCUUAUUGUUGAUGGCCGAAAGAGAAGACUCAUCAUUCAUGGCUGUACUCUAGAUGACUCAAAGACAUAUACAUGUGAUGCUAAAGAAUUCAAAACCUCUGCUUUCCUGAAUGUUGAACCUCCACAUGUUGAGUUCUCUAAGCCACUCCAUGAUGUUGAGGUCAAAGAAAAGGAAAAUGCCAGAUUUGAGUGUGAGGUGUCUCGUGAAAAUGCCAAGGUCAAAUGGUACAAGGACGGCAGCGAGAUCAGAAAGGGAAAGAAAUACGAGAUCAUUGCCAGUGGUGUCAAACGUAUCCUUGUGGUCACCAAGACAGUCUUCGAUGAUGAAGCAGAGUACGAAUGUGAUGCUAAGACCUCCAAGUCCUCUGGCAUGCUGACAGUUAUUGAGGAAGAGGCUAAGUUUACCAAGAACCUGUCUAAUGUGGAGGGAACAGAAACAGACAGUGUGAAAAUGAUUUGUGAAGUGUCGAAGGCCAGCGCUGAGGUCACCUGGUGGAAGGGAGACCAGGAACUGCCAGAAGGAGGAAGAUAUGAACAGGUCACGGAUGGAAGGAAGAGAAUCUUCAUUAUUCAAGAUCUUAAGAUGGAAGACGCUGGAGAGUUUAACUGCAGACUGCAUAACGCCAAGACAUCUGCAACAUUAACACUGAAUGAACUGGCUGCGGAGUUCAUUGCCAGGCCUCAGAGUCUUGAGGUGGUUGAGGGAGAAAAGGCUGAAUUUGUCUGCUCAGUCUCUAAAGACACCUAUGAAGUCAAAUGGCUCAAGGGUGACAAGGAGAUUGUAUCUGGAGAUAAGUAUGACGUUGUCUGUGAUGGCAAGAGAAGAGCACUGAUAGUGAAGAAUUGUACACCACAUGAUGAAGGAGGCUAUGUCGCCUUCAUUGGGACUACCAAAGCCUCAGCUGACUUGUUUGUCAUUGAGAAACUCAGAAUCAUCACACCCAUCAAGGAUAUGCAAGUGAAGGAAGGACAGGAAAUAAUUUUCAACUGUGAGGUGAACACUGAGGGAGCUAAAGCUAAGUGGCUGAAGAACGAGGAGACCAUGUUUGAGAGCAGCAAGUUUGUCAUGAUCCAGAAAGACAACGUGUUCUCUCUGAGGAUCAAGGGUGCUCAGAAGGCAGAUGAAGCCACGUAUACUAUUACAUUGACAAAUCAUCGUGGUGAACAUGCCAAGAGCGAUGCCAAUGCCAAAGUACAAGAGGAGAAGCUCAAGAUUAUUGAGCCUCUUGAGGACUGUGAGACACAAGAGAAGAAGACCAUCAGCUUCACUUGCAAGGUGAACAGACCUGAUAUCACCAUCAAAUGGAUGAAGGCUGGUCAGGAGAUCACCAUGAGCAAACGAAUCCUGUACCGUGUGGAGAAAGAUAAGCACACACUGACCAUCAAGGACUGUGUCAUGGACGAUGAGGGUGAAUACACCGCCAUGGCUGGUGAUGACAAGUGCACUGCUGAGCUGAUCCUCAACGAAGCUCCCACUGACUUCUCCACACCACUCAAAGACCAGACCAUCACUGAGUUUGAGGAUGCUGAGUUUUCUUGCAAGCUGUCUAAAGAGAAGGCUGUUGUUAAAUGGUACAGGAAUGGUCGUGAGAUCAGAGAGGGACCCAGAUACUCAUUUGAGAAAGAUGGCAGGAUUUGCAAACUCAAGAUCAAGAAGUGCAGACCAGACGAUGAGUGUGAAUAUGCCUGCGGCCUGGAAGACAGGCGAUCCAGGGCCCGCCUCUUUGUUGAAGAGACCCCAGUUGAGAUCGUCAGACCACCUCAGGAUGUGUUUGAGCCUCCAGGCUCAGAUAUUGUGUUUGAGGUGGAGCUCAACAAAGACAGAGUUGAGGUCAAAUGGAUGAGGAACAACAUGAUCAUCGUCCAGGGUGACAAGUACCAGAUGAUGAGCGAGGGCAAGGUCCACAGACUCCAGGUGUGUGAGGUCAGGCCUCGGGACCAAGGAGAGUACAGAGUCGUUGCCAAGGAGAAGGAUGCCAGAGCCAAGCUGGAACUGGCAGCUGUGCCAAAGAUCAAGACAACUGAUCAGAACCUGGUCACAGACGCUGGAAAGCCUUUUGUCAUGGCGAUCCCCUACGAUGCCUAUCCUCGUGCAGAGGCUGAGUGGUUCUUCGACAUAGUUAGCCUGCCUGUGCAGAACAUUGACACCUCCGCAGACAAGACAGAAUACAGGCUGAAGAGCCCCAAAAAGACAGAUCAAGGCAGGUACAAGAUCGUCAUCAAGAACAAACAUGGACAGGGAGAGGCAUUCAUCAAUCUGGAUGUUAUUGAUGUCCCUGGACCUGUGAAGAACCUCAAAGUGGUUGACACUGCCGACGGUGAGGUCAGCCUGGCCUGGGAAGAGCCAGAGAGUGAUGGUGGCAGCAAGAUCAUUGCAUAUGUGGUGGAGAGGCGUGAUAUCAAGCGCAAGACAUGGACCCUUGCCACUGACCGUGCUGACGCUCCAGAAUACUCUGUUAGCGGUCUCCAGAGGGACAACAAGUACCUCUUCAGAGUAUGUGCUCGCAACAGAGUGGGCAGUGGACCCACUGUGGAGACAGACGAAGCUGUCCAGGCCAAGAAUAAGUUUGAUGUGCCAGAGGCACCUGAGGACGUUGUGGUUGGCAUCGUGAACAGGUUUGGAGCCACAGUCUCCUGGGAAAAACCAAAGUCUGAUGGCGGAUCUGAGAUCACCUCCUACAUCAUUGAGUUCCGUGACAGGACCUCUGUGAGCUGGGAGGUAGCUAUGAUCGCCAAGGCUCUGGACCGCACAGCCACUCUCACUGAUGUCGUUGAGAACAAGGAAUACAUCUUCCGUGUCAAAGCCGAAAACAAGGCUGGCAUUGGCAAACCAAGUGCUGCCACCGAUCCAGUUAAGAUCAUGGACCCCAUUGAGAAACCAAGCCCACCAUUGAACUUCAACUACACUGACCAGACAAAGAACUCUGUCCAGCUGACAUGGGAGACCCCCGCCAGCAAUGGAGGAAGCAUGAUCACUGGCUACAUUAUUCAGAAGUGUGAGGAUGGAACAGACAAGUGGCUCAGAUGCAAUGCCAGGCUCUGUCAGGACCUUAACUACAAGGUAUCUGGACUGAAGCAGGGGAUGCAGUACCACUACAGAGUGUGUGCAGAGAACGCAGCUGGAGUUUCAGAUCCAGCUGAUAAGCUUGGACCUCUCUUGGCAGACGAUUGUCAUGUUGGACCUUCCAUGGACCUCAGUGGAUUUAAGGAUGGCCUAGAGGUCAUUGUUCCUCAUCCACUUGUUAUCCGCGUCCCUCUUCUUGGAUAUCCCACACCCACCGCCAAGUGGAGCUGUGGUGAUAAAGAGCUCACUGCUGGUGACCGUGUGUCCAUGGUUACAAGGAGCACCUACACAGAACUGACAGUGGCUCCAAGUGUGCGUCCAGACAAAGGCACAUACACUCUGCACCUGGAGAAUGAUGUGACCAGUGCCUUUGGAGAGAUUGAAGUCAAUGUUAUUGCAUCACCAAGUGCACCCAAAGACUUCAAGGUUUCCGAGGUGACAAGACACCAUGUCCACCUGAUGUGGGAGGCACCAGAGCAUGAUGGAGGAAGCCCAGUUAUUGGCUACCAAAUUGAAAAGAAGGAAGUGUCCCGCAAGACCUGGGUCAAGGUUUGCAUGGGUGUACAGGACCUGGAGUUCACUGUGGCAGAUGUCAUUGAAGGCAAAGAGUAUUUGUUCAGUGUUACUGCAAUCAACAAGUGUGGCCCAGGAGAGCCUGCCUACAUUGACGAGCCAGUCAAUGUGUCCUCGCCUGCCACUGUGCCGGAUCCACCUGAGAACCUGAAAUGGAGAGACAAGUCAGGAAAGGGCAUCUUCCUGUACUGGGAGCCACCCAAGUACGACGGCGGAGCUUCAAUCAAGAGCUAUGUUGUAGACAAAUGCCAGCGUGGCACAGACAAGUGGGAGCCAUGUGGAGACCCACUGCCUGAGCUGAAAUUCCAGGUGACAGGUCUGAUUGAGGGACAGUGGUAUGCCUACCGUGUGAGGGCCAUCAACAGGCUGGGAGCAGGCAAACCCUGCAGGGCUACAGAUGAGAUCCUGGCUGUUGAUCCCAAAGAGCCUCCAGAAAUUCAACUGGACGUGAAGUUGCUGGCUGGUUUGACCGCCAGAGCCGGAACCAAGAUUGAGCUUCCAGCUGAUAUUGUCGGAAAGCCCGAACCCAAGGUAAAAUGGACCAAGGCUGACCUGGUCCUGAAGGGAGAUGAUCGCAUCACCAUCGAUACCAAGACGGGAAACUCCACUUUGUCUAUCGCCAAAACUGUCAGAGAAGACACAUCUACCUACAUCAUUGAGGCAGUCAACAGCAGUGGUCGUGCUACCGCAACUGUUGAUGUCAACAUUCUUGAUAAGCCUGGUCCUCCAGCUGCGUUUGAUAUUUCUGAGAUCACCAACCACUCCUGCUACCUGGCCUGGAACCCUCCCAGAGACGAUGGAGGUUCUGUCGUCACCAACUACAUUGUGGAGCUUAGACCCUUCGACAAAGAGGAGUGGACCAAACUGUCAUCCACUGUGAAACAAACCACUUUCAAUGCCACCAAACUCACCCCUGAAAAGGAAUACGUCUUCAGAGUACAGGCUGAGAACCAGUAUGGCAUCGGCGCCCCUAAUGAGCAUGUGCCAAUCAUCGCCAAAUACUCCUUUGAUCCUCCCGGUGCUCCAUCCAGAUUGCAGCCUUCUGAUAUUGCUAAGGACUCUCUGACUCUGACAUGGUACGAGCCUGAUGAGGAUGGUGGCAGUCCUAUCACUGGGUACUGGAUCGAGAGGUUCGACCCAGAAAAUGACAAAUGGAUCAGAUGCAACAAGCUGCCCAUCAAGGACAUCACCUUUAGGGUGAAGGGCCUGCCUACCAAGAAGAAGUACAAGUUCCGUGUCUUGGCUGAGAAUCUUGCAGGACCAGGAAAACCAAGCACUGAGACUGAUCCAGUCUUGGUCAAGGAUCCAAUUGAUCCUCCAUGGGCUCCUGGCAAACCCUUCAUCAGAGAAAUAGCUAAGACAUCUGCCUCCCUGCAAUGGACCAGGCCAGAGCACGACGGCGGUGCCAAGAUCGAGGGUUACAUCAUUGAGUUCCUGAAGACUGGUACCGAAGCAUGGAUCAGAGCAGCAGAGGACGUGCCCCAGACUGAGCACUUCCUGAAGGGUUUGAUGGAGAAACAGGAGUACUCAUUCAGAGUCAAGGCCGUCAACUGCGCAGGAGAGAGUGAGCCCAGUGACCCAAGCGAUCCUGUGGUCUGCAAGGAAAGACUCUAUCCUCCAUCACCUCCUCAAUGGCUUGAGGUGGCCAACAUCACAAAGAUCAACGCUGAGCUGAAGUGGCAGGCUCCUGACAACGACGGUGGCUCUCCAAUCACCAACUACGUUGUUGAGAAGAGGGAUGUCAGGCGUAAGACCUGGACUGCGGUGGACACCACUGUGAAGGAGCUGAAGUACACUGUCACUCCACUGAAUGAGGGCUCUCUCUAUGUGUUCCGUGUGGCUGCUGAGAACGCAGUCGGACAGAGUGAUUACUGUGAACUGGAAGACUCUGUUCUAGCUAAAGAUACUUUCACCACUCCUGGGCCACCCUAUGCCUUGACUAUUGUGGAGGUGUCCAAGAGACACGUUGAACUGAAAUGGGAAGCUCCAAAUAGUGAUGGUGGGAGACCCAUUACAAAGUAUGUCAUUGAGAAGAAAGAGAAACUUGGAACCCGCUGGGUGAAGUCUGGAAAGACCCCUGACGCUCUGUGCACCUACAAAGUCACAGACGUGGAUGAGGGCACUGAGGUUCAGUUCCAGGUCCGUGCUGAGAAUGAGGCUGGUGUUGGACACCCUAGUGAACCAACAGAAGUAGUCACCAUUGAGGAUGCUACAAGUCCACCAUCUCCUCCUGUUGACUUGGUCAUAGUUGAUGCCAGUAGAGAGCAUAUCAACAUUACCUGGAAGGUACCAUUGAAGAAUGGAGGUAGCCCCAUCACAGGAUACCAUGUUGAGCUCCGAGAGGCUAAAGCUGAGAAGUGGAUGAGAAUCAACACUCGCCCAGUCAAGGAGCUCAAAUACAAAGCAGAGGAAAGCAUCAAGCCAGAGAAACAAUAUGUCCUGAGAGUCCGUGCCAUCAACUCUGUUGGUGUCAGCGAUCCUUCUGCCAUUUCUGAGAAGGUCUUUGCCAAGGAUCCAGACAGUAUUCCUACUAUGGAUAUGGAGGCCCUAGACAUUGUGGUGGUUGAGGGUGACAAGCUGCAUAUCAACAUCCCAUACAAUGCCGUCCCCAAACCAGAGAUGGUCUGGAGCAAAAUCAUCCACACAGAUACUGCCUCUGACACAAAGUUACAGAAUGACGACAGACGGUUGAUGACUUGUGAGCUCAACAGUGUUCACCUGGAAGUGAUGAAGUGUGUGCAUGAUGAUGCUGGAGAAUACUCCGUCACUCUGGAGAAUGCGAUUGGAACAGCCACCAGAAUCAUCAACGUUAAAGUUAUUGGUCUGCCCGGCCAAUGCAAGGACAUCAAUGCAGAUGAGAUCACUAAGAACUCCUGCAAGCUGACAUGGGAGGCUCCAGAGAGUGAUGGUGGUACUCCAAUUCUCCACUACGUUCUGGAGCGUAGAGGGGCUUCUAAUAAGACUUUCAGGCCUCUGAUGUCAGGAGAAAACAUCCUGACCUACCAGGUCAACGAUCUCAAGCUGAACGAAGAAUAUCACUUCCGGGUCAAGGCUGUCAACAAGGUUGGCCCUGGGCCAUUCCUGGAGCUCCGCAACCCUGUCAUCACUAUGGAAGUGAAACAGAAACCAGAUCCACCCAUUGAUGUUGAGGCUCAUGAUCCAACCGCCAACUCUAUCACACUGACCUGGAAACCACCAGUGUCUGACGGUGGUUGCGCCAUCACUGGCUACAUCCUGGAAUGCAUUGAGAAGGAUGGUGAUAGAUUCCAGAGAAUCAACCCAUCCCUGGUUCCUGGUUUCACCUAUGUGGUGAAAGAUAUGACAGAAGGCAAAGAGUAUCAGUUCCGUGUUCGCGCUGAGAACGCUGCUGGAGUCAGCGAGCCGUCUCGCAGCACUCCACUGACCAUGAUCGCUGCUCCCGUUGAAAAACCCAAGGUGUCCCUCCAUGCUCGCCUGCAGCACGGCCUGUGCAUCAGGAAGGGUGAAGAGAUCCGCCUGGACGCCUACAUCUCUGGCGCUCCAUACCCAACUGUCACCUGGCUCAGGAACAACGAAGACGUCAAGAAUGUACCAGAGAAGAAGCCAGUACUGCCUAUUCUGAAGAAGAAGGGGGGCAAGGUUGAACCUGAAGAACCUGAGGUGUUUGUAACCCCUCUUCAUGAGCGUCUUUCUUAUGCUGUAAAGAAGGGUGAGACCUCAAUCAUGGUGCGAGACUCCAUCAGAGCUGACCACGGUCACUUCUGCAUCCAGGCCGAGAACUCUCAUGGUGUUGCAACUGCAUACUGUGACGUCAACGUCCUUGAUAAGCCUGGACCUCCAGUGAACUUUGUCUUUGAGGAGAUCAGGGACACCUCUGUCAUCUGCAAGUUCGACCCUCCUCUUGACGAUGGUGGUAGUGAGAUCCUGAACUACAUCCUUGAAAAGAAAGACAACAAGAAUGAAGAUAUUGGAUGGAUCACUGUAACUUCAACCCUCAAGGUUUGCAACUAUCCUGUUACCAAACUGAUUGAAGGAAAGGAGUACAUCUUCCGUAUUACCGCUGAGAACAAGUUUGGCUGCGGACCUUCAUGUCUCUCUGAGCCAGUCGUUGCCAAGAACCAAUUCGAUCCACCCGAUGCUCCAAACACACCCAGAAUUGGAGAGGUGACUGCCAACAGUGUGUUCAUCUCCUGGCAUGAGCCCAAGGACAACGGUAGUCCCAUCCUGGGCUACUGGAUCGAGAGGAAGGAAAUUAACAGCAAACACUGGACUAGGGUGAACCGAUUCCUGCUCAAUACCCUCUCUGUGAAGAUUGAGGGUCUUAUGGAAGGCCUGGUAUACAUAUUCAGAGUCUGUGCAGAGAAUCUGGCUGGCCCCGGACCCUUCAGUGUCCCAACUGAUCCCCAGAUUGCUAUGGAUCCAAUCUUGCCACCUGGCCCACCCACUCCAAGAGUUAUUGAUACAUCUGCGACAACAGUUGAUAUUGCCUGGGUUCCCCCCCUGUACAAUGGAGGAGGAGAUAUACUUGGCUACCAUGUUGAGAGUGUUCUGGCUGGAGAGAAGGAAUGGAAACGUAGUACAGAGUUCAGAUGCAAGGAGCUGAAGUAUACAGUGACUGGGCUGACAGAGGGCGCUGACUAUUACAUCCGGGUUAUUGCUGUCAAUGAUGCCGGACCGGGAGCACCUGGCAUGACUGAACCAGUCACUGUGAAGGAGCCUCAAGAGCCCCCAGUGGUUGACUUUGAUGCCUCUGUGAAGAACGGAGUCAUCAUCAAAGCCGGCGAGGCACUGAGACUGCCAGCGUUCGCCAUCGGCAGACCACAACCGGAAGUGAAAUGGAUGAAGGAUGAGGCUGAAACUGACAAAGAGCAUGUUGUGAUCGAAACAGAAGGAAAGAACAGCCUUCUGUUCAUCAAGUACGCCAAGAGAACUGAUCACGGAAAGUACCAGAUCUCUGGAACCAACAGCAGUGGAACCAAAUCUGCUGUCACUAGAGUUGACGUCAUGGAUGUCCCUGGGCCUGUGGUUAAUCUGAAGACUACUCAUGUCACCAAGAAGAACAUCAGCUUGAGCUGGGCAGAUCCUCUAGAUAAUGGUGGCAGCGAUGUCAUCGGCUACGUAGUGGAGAAAAAGGAUGCAAAAAUGAAGCUAUUCAGACAACCUAUCGAGAUUGCUUCAUGCAAGUGUGACAUUCAGGGUUUGCUUUCAGAGGAAGAGUACGAUUUCCGUGUUUUUGCAAGGAACAAGUACGGUGAUGGCGCCCCAACGGACAUUGGGCCUAUUCUGGCUUCGGAUCCCAAAGCUGUUCCAUCUCCACCAUUGAAACUGCACUACACCGAAAGGUGGACUACUGCUAUUGCUCUUGCUUGGGAGCCACCUCGCAGCGAUGGAGGUAGCCCAAUCACGGGUUACUAUGUUGAGAAGAUGAGAGCAGAUGGAACUGAGUUUGACGUGGCCAAUCGCAAGCUCUGCAAAGACUUACACAUCAAAUUGGAGAACCUAUCAGAGAACCACGUGUAUCAGUUCCGUGUGUUUGCCGUGACUGAGGUGGGAGAGGGCGAACGCUCCAAACCAAUCAGUGCUAACAUACAGGAUGAUGAAAUUCCCCCCGAAAUCUCAAUCUUGGAGCAUUUCAAGAGAGAUACAAUCAUUGUGAGGAAGGGAGCAGCAAUUGAGAUCCCUGCUGAGGUGGUGGGUCUGCCAAUGCCAGAGGUUCAGUGGUCUAAGGAUGAUGUCGUCAUCCCCAUGGCUACUGAGACACUGUUGAUGGAGUUCGAGGAGGUGGCCCGCACCAAAUGCACCACCAAGAUCAGCAUCCCUGAGACUAUCAGAGGAGACAAGGGAGACUACAAACUGGCUGCCACCAACUGCCAUGGCAAAGCACACCGCAUCAUCCAUGUGGAGGUUCUAGACCGCCCUCUACCACCACGUGACAUUGUGGUGUCUGACAUCCAGGCUGAGUCUUGCUAUCUGACUUGGGCGGUCCCAGAGGACGACGGGGGAAGUGAGAUCACCAACUACAUCAUCGAAAGGAGGGACGCCAGCAGGAAGAAGUCUGACUUUGAGCAGCUUACCUGCAAUAUCAUUGAUAGGAGAUAUGGGGUGUACAAAAUGGACAGAAUGGGCCAGUACCAAUUCAAAAUCAAAGCUGAGAACAAGUUCGGAAUCAGUGACGGUUGUGAAUCCGAGAAGGUCGUUCUCAAGGAUCCAUUCGGUCUUCCGGGUCCACCUCGCAAACCAAAGGUCAUCGCAGCAACUUCCACUACUAUGACGAUCACCUGGGAGCCUCCACUGCAGAACGGUGGCUCCUCCAUUCAGGGAUACUGGCUGGAGAAAAGAGAGAGAGGAGCUGGGAUCUGGGGUCGUGUGAACAGAGCUCCAGUCACCAAGCCUGCAGUGAAGGGUUUGGAAUACACAGUCCUCCGCCUUAAUGAAGGGGCUGAGUACCAGUUCAGAAUUAGGGCUCAGAAUGCUGCUGGAAUCGGACCUCCCAGUGAAGCAUCUCCAUGUCAAUUCGCUGUUGAUCCACGCAAUCCCCCUAGUGCACCAGGAGUGCCAGUUGUUAAGGACAAGACCAAGACCAGUGUCACUCUCACCUGGACCCCACCAGAGAAAGAUGGCGGCAGCCCAGUCAAGGGCUACAUCGUUGAGGUUCAGGACACAGACUCCCUGGAUUGGAAGAGAGUCAGUGACCCUGAGAAGCUGCACCCUACCACUGAGAUCACUGUUCCAGACCUGAAAGAAGGCCAGAAGAUCAGAUUCAGAGUCACUGCUGUCAACGCUGCUGGCAAAUCUGAACCAAGCGCACGUUCUGCUGACAUCACUGUCCAGGACAUCUUAACUGAACCAAACAUUACUCUGGAGGUCAGCGCCCAUGAGCUGUUGUCCUGCAGAGCUGGAACUACCAUUAAAAUACCAGCUCUCAUCACCGGCCGUCCCACUCCUAAAGUUACAUGGGAGUUCAAGGAUGGAACAGCAGAGACCGAGAAGAAGAAUGACAUCCAUAUCCUUCCAAUCGAUUCAAAGAUCGUGUCAACUGAUACAACAUCAGUCAUUACCAUCCCUGAGAGCCACCUCAAACAUGCCGGACGUUACAUCAUCACAGCGGAAAACGCAGCUGGACACAAGAACAUGAAAGUCAGAGUCAAUGUCCUUGAUCUGCCUGGCCCACCCAAAGACCUCAAAGUCACAGACAUCACAAGAGGCACAUGUAGACUUACAUGGAAGGCUCCAGAUAGUGACGGUGGUGAGAGGAUCAAGAGUUACUUCAUUGAGAAGAAGACUGUGGAAGGAAAAGCUUGGACCAAGUGCAACCCAGCCUGUGCUGCCCAGUCCUUUAUUGUGCCCGACCUCAUUGAGGGACAGGAUUACCUGUUCCGUAUCCGGGCGGAGAACCGCUUUGGAUUUGGACCACUAGUUGAGACCAUUGAAUGUUCAAAGGCUAGAGAUCCUAUCCAUCCUCCUGAUGCUCCCACAAGGGUAAAGAUUCAAGAAGUGACUAAGGGCACAGCCACCCUGACUUGGAAGCCACCCAGGAAUGACGGUGGAGCUCCAGUGACACACUACACUGUUGAACGUCUGUGCUGGGACAGUAGUGGAUCUCAGAAGCAGUCCUGGAGACAGUGCAACAGACGUGAUAUUGAAGACCUCACCUUCAAGGUUGAGGAUCUGACUGAAGGAGAAGAGUAUGAGUUCCGUGUCAAGGCCGUGAACGAAGCCGGCCCCAGCAGACCAUCAUCUACUGUUGGACCAGUUGUCAUCCAAGACCAGACACGUGCUCCUGCUAUUGACCUGGAGGAGUUCAUGGAGGUCGAACAAGGAGCUGAUAUCAGCAUCAAGGCAAAGAUCAGGGGCUGUCCAUUCCCCACUCUCACCUGGCUCAAGGCUCCAGCCCACAAGGGUGACGACAAGGUUGAGGUUGCAUAUGACGAGCACAUCAACAAGAUUGUGUCUGAUGAUAGCUGUGUACUGCUGAUCCAGCAGGGAAAGCGCUCAGAUACAGGCCUCUACACUAUCACAGCCAGUAACAGCCUAGGAAAGGCCUCCAAGGAGAUGAGACUCAAUGUCUUGGGACGUCCUGGACCACCAUCCGGUCCUGUGAAGUUUGAGGAGGUCGACGCUGAGAAGAUCACCCUGUCAUGGCUGCCACCUAAGGAUGACGGUGGCUCCAAAGUGACCAACUACGUCAUUGAGAGGCGUGUAGCCAACAGGAAGACAUGGAUCCCUGUGACCAAUGAACCCAAGGAGCGUAUCUGGACGGUGGAGGGCCUGAUGGAAGGGCAUGAGUAUGUGUUCCGAAUUUGUGCUCAGAACAAAUAUGGAGUUGGAGAGCCUCUGGACAGUGAACCUGAAGAAGCCAGGAAACUCUAUGCUGUUCCCGGCCAAUGUGAAAAGCCAACCAUUUCAGCUGUUGACCAUGAUUCCAUGAUGGUCAACUGGGAAGAGCCAGAAGACGAUGGAGGCAGUCCAGUGACUGGCUAUUGGCUGGAGCGUAAGGAAACCACCUCUAAGCGCUGGAACAGGGUGACGCGCGACCCCAUCCGGGCCAUGGCUUUCGGGGUGUCCCAUAAUGUGACUGGACUCAUUGAGGGGUCACAGUACCUCUUCCGGGUCACAGCUAUCAACGCAGCAGGAUGUGGACCUCCUAGCGCGUGCACAGACCCCAUCUUCGCCAGAGAUCCUAUCUCUGUCCCUGGACCUCCAACACCAAAGGUCACCGACUGGACCAAGUCAUCAGUGGAUCUAGUCUGGAUCCCACCUCUGAAGGAUGGUGGAUCUAAGAUCACGGGAUACAUUGUUGAAUACUCAGAGGAUGGAACAGACAAAUGGGUUAAAGCUAAAGACAAGGAGCACAGAAGCACCAAGUUGGUCAUUACUGGAUUGAAGACCGGUGGAUUCUACAAGUUUAGAGUGACAGCGUUGAAUGCUGCAGGCCCCAGCGAACCCGGUGAAGUCCCAGACGCUAUUAAGGUUGAAGACAGGACAAUUGCUCCUGAGGUUGACCUUGAUGCCACAGUGAAGGAAAGGAUGGUGGUCCAUGCCGGUGGUGUGAUCCGCAUCCUGGCCUUUGUGUCUGGCCAGCCUGCUCCAAAGAUCACAUGGAGCCGUGAUGACGGUGCUCUACCACCAGAAAGUGCAGUUGAGACCACCGCCAUCAGCUCAUCACUGGUCAUCAAGCCCUGCACCAGAAGACACCAAGGAGUCUAUACUCUAACUGCUGCUAACUCAGGAGGAGAAAAGAAGAGAUCUAUCAUUGUUGAUGUCCUGGAUGUCCCUGGUCCAGUUGGCGUACCCUUCACCUCCGAGAACCUCACUAGCGACUCCUGCAAGCUGAACUGGUUUUGUCCUGAGGAUGAUGGUGGUUCUGCCAUCACCAACUACAUCAUUGAGAAGCGCGAUGCGGAGAGGAAGGCCUGGACUGCCCUGUCCUACACAGUCACCAGACACACUGCUGUGGCCCACGGACUGCAGAAUGGAAAAGCUUACUUCUUUAGAAUCGCCGCUGAGAACUCCAUUGGAGUUGGACCUUUUGUUAACACCGCAUGUGAAAUCAUCAUAAAGGAUCCCAUCACCGUUCCAGACCGCCCAGAGGACCUUGAAGUAACAGCAGUUCAUAAAGACUAUAUCAGCUUAACAUGGAAACCUCCUGUGUCUGACGGAGGGUCAGAGGUCACCAAGUACAUCCUGGAGGCCCGUAUGAUCGGCAAGGACAAGUUCACACGUCUGACAAAGGAGAAACUGAUGGAGAGGAGAUUCACCUACGACGGUCUGAGAGAUGGGGACACCUAUGAGUUCAGAGUUAGCGCUGUGAAUGAAAUUGGGCCCAGCAAGCCAUCGUUCUGCACCAAACCAAUCACCUGCAAAGAUGAACUUGAACCACCAACCAUUGAGCUUGACUUCCGUGACAAGAUCAUCAUCCAUGUUGGGGAGAGCAUGGCUCUCCAGGGUCGCUACACCGGAAAGCCCUCUCCAUCUAUCAUGUGGUACAGAGAUGACGAAGAGCUGAAAGCAGAUCAGCACAUCAAGUUCAAAAACUCACUGACCACCAUGACUUUAGGCCUUAUGAAAGCCAAGCGCGAGCACAGCGGCAGAUACUGCGUGCUGGUUGAAAACAGCACCGGCUCUCGAAAGGGCAUUUGCAAUGUGACCGUUGUAGAUCGCCCAACACCACCAGUGGGUCCAGUCAUCUUUGAUGAAGUUCACAGAGAGUUUAUGGUGAUCUCUUGGAAACCUCCUAUUGAUUCUGGCGGAGUGGACGUGUCCAACUACAUCAUUGACCAGAGAGACGUCAAUAGUGACAUCUGGAGGAAUGUAACAUCUGCUUCGACGAAGUUGACGUGCAAAAUCCCCAGGUUGAUUGAGGGAAGAGAGUACAUCAUGAGAAUCUGUGCUGAGAACAUGUAUGGAAUCAGUGACCCACUGGAUUCAGAGGAGAUGAGAGCCAAAGAUCUCUUCAGAGUGCCUGAGGCACCAGAGAUGCCCAACGUGAGGGAGGUGUAUGCUGACAACUGCCUUGUGCUUUGGAGCAGACCUCGUGAUGGCGGCAAGCCCAUCACUAACUACAUAUUGGAGAAGAAGGAGCCAGCUGCAAAGAGAUGGUCUCGUGCCACCAGAGAACCCCUCUACCCAACUACUCAGUUCAGGGUGCUUGACCUUAUUGAAGGCUGUCAAUAUCAAUUCCGGGUUAUGGCAGAGAAUGAAAUUGGCACUGGUGACCCUAGUCCCCCAUCAAACACAAUUCUUGCCAAAGAUCCAAUUGUUCCUCCCAGCCCCCCUGUACUGCCAGAGGCAAUCGACAAGACCAAGGAUACCGUAAGCCUGAAAUGGCAGCUACCUCGCCAUGAUGGCAAAGGCAAAAUCUUUGGUUACCUUGUUGAGUACCAGAAGGUUGGUGCAGUAGAAUGGUCACAGGGCAAUGAGACUCCUGAAGAGUGCCCAGAAUGCAACUAUGUUCUAAAGGGCCUGGAAGACGGAGCAGAGUACAACAUCAGGGUCUUCACUGUGAAUGCUGCUGGACGCUCUGAGCCUGCCCCUUGUAAGCAAACAGUGAAAGUACAUGACAGACUGGAAAAACCAGAGUUGCUGCUUGAUGCCAAUAUGUCCCGUGACCAUCUUGCGAUGGUAGGAACUAAUAUUACUCUCAGUUCAGUGAUCAAGGGCAUGCCACCUCCCACUGUAGCAUGGCAGAAGAACGGAGAAGAGGUUCCCGCAGAUCGUUGUACCAUUGCUGCCACUGCCAAUGGCAGCAAACUUGUUAUGCUCAACUGUGUCCGCUCAGACAGCGGCAACUACACACUCACUAUUGAAAAUGCAGCUGGAAAGAAGUCCGCUACAUGCACAGUGCUCACCUUAGAUAAACCCGGACCUCCUCGGGAUCUGAAAAUCUCUGAGAUCACCAGUGAGUCAGCCUACCUGACCUGGAAGGUUCCUGAGGAUGAUGGAGGGGCUGUCAUCUCUCACUACGUUGUGGAAAAGAAAGACGUGGCGGCUGAGAAAUGGGUGCCCGUCGCUGCAUCAAACAAGAAGCCUAGUCUGAUGGCUCUGUAUCUUAUGGAAGGAGUCCAGUAUCUGUUCCGUGUUGCUGCUGAGAACCAGUUUGGCAGAGGUUCCUACAUCAUGACUAAGACGCCGAUCAAGGCUGUUGAUCCUCUUUAUCCACCCGGUCCACCAAAGAAUCUACACCACAUCGACGUAGAUAAGACUGAAGUCUGGCUCCAAUGGGAUUGGCCAGACCGCGACGGAGGAAGUGAGAUCACUGGAUUCAUCGUUGAGCACCAGGAGGGAGAGGGAAAAGACUGGGUCACCUUCAAGACUGUCACCAAUCCUCAUAGCCAUGUCACUGGACUGGAGGAGGGAAAGACAUACAGGUUCCGUGUGAAGUCCCAGAAUGCUGUUGGCGUGAGCCGUCCUGACACCAGUGUCCCUGUAACCUGCCAGGAGAAACUCUUGCCACCAACUAUUUCAGUGGAUGUGAAGCUUAUUGAGGGUUUGAUUGUCAAGGCUGGAAGCACUAUCGUACUCCCAGCAGUCAUGAAAGGAAUUCCUACUCCCACAGCCAAGUGGGUGAGUGACGGAAAGGAACUGGAAACAAAGGGCAACGUCAAGAUUGACACUGAGGGCAUGAACACAUCUCUCACCAUCACUGGAUGUGUCAGAGGUGACACUGGAGAAUAUCUCCUCACCGUGGCAAACCCUGCUGGAAGCAAGACUGUUGCUCUGCACGUCACUGUGCUCGAUGUCCCAGGUGUCCCCAUUGGUCCGAUCAACAUCCUUGAAGUUACCCCUGACCACAUGGUCAUCAACUGGAGACCACCUAAAGAUGAUGGUGGCACUCCUUUGACGUGUUACAUUGUUGAAAAGAAGGAUACCAAAAAGGCAUGGGAACCAUGGUCAGUUGUGUGCUCAGGAUGCACUGGUACAAAGGCUAAAAUUUCUCGAUUGGAGAAAGGUCGUGAAUAUAUUCUGCGUGUCCGUGCAGAAAACAAGGUGGGCAUUGGUGCUGGACUUGAGAGUCCUCCCACUAUUGCCAAACAUAUGUUUGAUCCACCUGGCCCUCCAGGCCAGCCAACCUGCUCUGAUAUCACAGAGAAUGCUGUGACCAUAGAAUGGACUCUGCCUGAAUUUGAUGGUGGCAGUCCAGUCAGUGGCUAUGUAGUAGAGCGCAGAGAAAUGACAGGGAAAUGGAUCCGCGUCAACAAGACACCUGUAUUGGAUCUCCGAUACAGAGCAUCAGGUCUGUUUGAGAACAACAGCUACGAGUUCAGAAUCUUUGCUGAGAACGUUGCUGGCGUCAGCGAGCCCUCUCCUGUAUCAGAUCCAGUGAAGUGCACCCGUCCUAUUACUAAGCCAGGACCCCCAUUAAACCCUAAGCUGAGGGACUGGAGCAAGUCAUAUGCUGACUUGGUGUGGACCAAGCCAACAAGAGAUGGAGGCAGCCCCAUCUUAGGUUAUAUAGUUGAAUGUCAGAAAUCAGCCAGCGCCAAAUGGGAGAAAGUUCAUAAGGAUCUCAUCCCGAUGUGCGCAUUUAGAGCAAUGGGACUUACUGAGGGCAUGGAAUACAGGUUCCGCAUUAGCGCUUCCAAUAUUAUUGGAGAUGGAAAACCUACAGAGCUCUCAGAAACAGUCCUUGCCAAGGACAUUCUAGUUCCCCCAGAGCUGACAGUUGAUGUUGCUUGCCGUGACCUUCUGACAGUUAGGGUGGGACAGAGUAUCAAUCUUGUUACUAGAGUUAAAGGUAGACCAGAUCCUGAUAUCACAUGGUCUAAGGAUGCCAAGAUUCUAGGCAUAGACAGGCGUACUGAGAUGAACAACAACUUCCCUCUGGUUGAGCUGGUGAUUUCAGAUGCAGUAAGGCAAGAUUAUGGAAAGUAUGCUAUCCUUGCUAAAAACAGCAGUGGUCAAGCACAGGCUACCAUUAUUGUGAAUGUGCUUGACACUCCAGGCGUCUGUCAGAAUCUGAAGACCACUUACGUGACAAAAGAAUCCUGCAUGGUUUCCUGGGAGAACCCAGAGGAUAAUGGAGGAACUGAAAUAACACAGUACAUUAUUGAGAGCCGUCAACCUAGUCAAAGGAAUUGGACAGUGGUAUCAAAUGAUUGCACCAAACGCCUUAUGAAGGCGCCACUCCAUGAGGGUUGUGAAUACUUCUUCCGUGUGAGUGCAGAGAACAAAAUUGGUGCUGGACCUUCAACAGAGACCAAAACAGCCAUCCUUGCUGUUGAUCCCAUUGAGAAGCCUGGUGACCCUAUUGACUUCAUUAUCUCUGAGAUCGGCAAGACAUUCGUCUUCCUGAAAUGGAAGAGACCAGACUAUGAUGGUGGCAGCCGUAACCUGGGCUACCAUGUUGAAAAGAAACCUAAAGUGGCAGAGGAAUGGGAGAGACUGCACAAGGGUGCGAUUAAGGAAACUUACUUCAUGGCAGACAAGUGCAUUGAAAACGAAAUUUACCAGUUCAGGGUACAGACAAAGAAUGAAGGAGGUGAGAGCAACUGGGUGACAACUGCUGAGGUUGAGGUUAAAGAACAGUUAGUGGUGCCAGAGAUCAAGAUGAAGUUGCAAUGGACUCUAGUGGUUAAUGCCGGUGACGCCAUUCCAAUUGAAGCUGAUGUCAAGGGAAAACCAGCUCCGGAAGUAAAGUGGACAAAGGAGAAAGACACAGGGGACAUCACCAAGAGCCCAAGGCUCCAAAUAGAAGCCGGUGUAGAAUUCUCUAAAUUCCUGUUGACAAACUCAAGACGUGGAGAUACUGGAAAAUAUAACAUCACUGCUACCAAUAGUGCUGGAACAGCCACUGGAUGGGCGAAUGUGUGUGUGCUUGAUAGACCUGGUCCUAUCAGCAACCUAGUUGUAAAUGGUGUUACAGUGGAUAGGUGCAUGUUGACAUGGGAUAUGCCAGAUGAUGAUGGUGGAUGUGAAAUUUAUAACUACAUCAUAGAAAAGUGUGAGAAGAAGAGAAUGGUGUGGUCCAUACAUUCUUCUGCUGUGAUCACCAACUCUGCUAAAGUAACCCGCCUUGUAGAAGGAAAUGAAUAUAUAUUCAGGGUGCGUGCAGAAAACAAGAUGGGGGCAGGUCCUGCAGUGGAGAGCGCACCUAUUGUGGCAAGGACCGAAUUCAGUAAACCUGGCAUUCCAGAAGCACCAGAAGUUAUCAAGAUCUCCAAGGAGGAGAUGACCGUUACAUGGAACCCUCCUGAGAAUAACGGUGGAAAGGAAAUCUCUGGUUACAUUCUGGAGAAAAAGGAAGAAUUCGGAGUACGAUGGUCUCCUUGCACAAAGCAUUCCAUUGAUUCGACCCAACUGACUGUCACUGGUUUGCUGCGUGAUCAUGAAUAUCAGUUCCGCGUCAGGGCUGAGAAUGAAAUAGGACUUGGUGAACCAAGCAAACCCUCAAGAUCACUCGCCGCCAGGGAUUCUCUUGAUGUCCCAGCCCCUCCAACAAAUCUGAAGGUUGGUGACAGUACAAGGACCUCUGUAGCACUGAAGUGGACAAAGCCUGUUUCUGAUGGUGGAGCUCCUAUCAUUGGUUAUGUGGUGGAAAUGAGGAUCAAGGGAAACAAGGAUGCGGCAUGGAAGAGGUGUAAUGUCGCAGCCCAGCUAAUUGUAUGUGAAUUCACUGUCUCCAGUCUGGAUGAUCAUGAAUGGUAUGAAUUCCGCGUUUCUGCUCAAAAUCAAUGCGGUAUGAGCUUAACGGCGGAUCUUACGAUGCCCGUGCAACCCAAGGAUAUCCUUGAGGCACCUGAAAUUGACAUGGAUGCUAGUCUGAAGGACGGUCUGACAGUCAGGGCCGGAUGUCCCAUCCGACUGGUGGCAACCAUCAAGGGAAGACCAGCUCCCAAAGUCUGCUGGAGAAGAAUGGGUGUCGAUAACGUUGUCAGGAAGGGCCAUGUGGACAUCAUUGACACAAUGACCUUCCUGGUUAUCCCUGAAAGUACACGGGAUGAUUCAGGCAAAUACUCCCUGACUCUGUCCAGCCCAGCUGGGGAGAAGGCAGUGUUUGUCAAUGUCAAAGUACUGGAUACCCCAGGGCCUGUAGUGGGUCUGGAUGCCACAGAUAUUAAACAGACAUCCGCCAAACUGGCAUGGUCACCCCCUGAGAACGAUGGUGGCAGUGCAGUCACUCAUUACAUUAUUGAGAAGCGUGAAAUCGAUCGCAAGACCUGGGGACCAGUCGCAAACAAUAUUGAACAGACUGAAACCAACGUCAAGAAACUUGUUUCAGGCACAGAGUAUUUCUUUAGAGUCACUGCUGUGAAUGAAUAUGGUCCUGGAGUUGCGAAGGUCUCGCCAAAGUCCUACAUGGCAUCUGAUCCUGUCAGCAAACCUGAACCAUGCCCGAAGAUUGAUGUAUUGGAAAUUACAAAGAACAGUGCACUUCUGGGAUGGCUGAAACCAUUGGGUGAUGGAGGAGCUAAGAUAGAUGGUUAUAUAGUUGAAUACAUGGGGCUCAUCCCACCCAAACCAGAACCAGAACCAGCAGAACCAGUAGAAGGAGAGGAAGCUGCUCAUCCUCCGGAACCUGUACCUGCACCUGUGGUUGUGGAAGAACCAGCGGAAGAGAAGCCAGAACCACAAUGGAUGGCAUACACAACUGUUAAAAAUUUAACCCUUUCAGUUAGCGGACUCAAGGAGGGUAUGAAGUAUAAAUUCCGGGUGGCCGCAAGAAAUAUCAUGGGUCGCAGUUCGUACACUGAAACUAGGGACGCUUAUGAGAUCAAGGAACAGAUGCUGGAGCCCAAGAUUAUGAUGGCGGAGGCUGUGUCUGCCAAAGCAGGAGCUAAACUCAGAGUGGAAGCUCUUGUGUCUGGAAAGCCAGCACCAACCUGCACAUGGAUGCGAGGAGAUGACAAUGUUGUUUCCUCUAGUCGUCUUGCUGUGCACAAAUCUGCAAACAUGUGUGUGCUCAUCAUCAAAGACGUGUCCAGAACCGACAGUGGAAUAUACAGUUUGGUUGCUGAGAACAGCUGUGCUAAAGUAGAUCAGCAUAUUAAAAUCAUCAUCAGAGAUAUCCCCGGAGCACCUGAGCCUCCAUUUGAGAUCAGUGACAUUGACGCUGAUGCCUGCACACUCUCUUGGAAAGCACCAAUUGAAGAUGGCGGAAGCCAGAUUACAAACUACGUAGUGGAGAAGUGUGACGUGAUCAGAGGCGACUGGGUAAACGCUGUAUCGUCCUGUGGCAAGACUGGCUGCAGACUGGGAAAGCUCAUCCCUGGAAAGGAAUACAUCUUCCGUGUCCGUUCUGAGAAUCGCUAUGGAAUCUCAGACCCCCUAACAUCGGACAGGAUGAUUGCCAAAUUCCCCUUCGAUGUGCCCAGUGAGCCUUUAAACUGCCACAUCACCAAGGUCAACAAGGACUGUAUGUUUGUAGCCUGGGACAGACCUGAGAGUGAUGGUGGCAGCCCUAUUACUGGCUUCUACAUUGAACGCAAAGAGAGGAACAGUCUCCUUUGGGUCAAAGCUAACGACUCAGUUGUCAGAUCAAUGGAAUAUCCCUGUGCAGGCCUUAUUGAGGGCUUGGAAUACAACUUCAGAGUAUCUGCCAUCAAUCGUGCUGGACAGAGUAAGCCAAGCAAGAAGUCUGACUUCGUCACAGCAAGGACACCAGUUGACACACCAGGCAAACCAGAGGUUCUUGAUGUUACCAAGAAUGCAGUCACCUUGGUCUGGACUAGACCAAAGAAUGACGGUGGAAGCAAGAUAAUUGGAUAUUAUGUUGAGGCCCUGAGGCUCCCUGGAGACAAAUGGGUCCGUUGCAACACCAGCAGUCAGAAUGUACCCAGAGAAGAGUACACUGCAACUGGACUGGAGGAAGACAUGGAGUACCAGUUCAGAGUCAUCGCAAAGACCGCUGUCAACAUGAGCCGGGCAUCAGACAUCACAGACCCAGUUCUGGUCUCUGCAGAGAAGGUGCCACCAAGAGUAGAAAUUGGAAUCCCAAUGAAGAGGCUUAAGCCAGUGAAGGCUGGGGCAAAUGUACUUCUUGAGGCAGAGGUGUUUGGAAAACCGAUGCCCAAGGUUACAUGGAAGAGGGGAGAGGAAGUAUUGAGAGCUUCUGAGACGUUGAAGUUGUCCCAGUUGAGACAUCUCUUCAGCAUAGAGCUUCUUGGAGUAACAAAGGAACACACAGGAGAGUAUACUAUUUUGGCAGAAAAUGCAAGUGGAUCCAAAACUGGAGAAAUUAAGUUAACUGUUUUCGAUGUCCCCGGUCCACCAGUCUCUGUCAAGUUUGGUGACGUGUUUGCCAAUAGUGUCCAGAUUAGUUGGGAGGCGCCUCUUGCCGAUGGAGGCUCGGACAUCACAAACUACAUUGUUGACAAACGUGAGACCAGUAGAGCUGAAUGGGCUCAGGUCGCAGCCCAUAUUCAGGGUGAUGUGUUUGAACUCACCACAAAGAAACUGAUUGAGGGACGAGAGUACCAGUUCCGCGUCCGCGCAGAGAAUAGAUUUGGGGUUGGAGAAGCCAUCGUGACUGAUCCCGUCUAUGCCAGGAAUCCAUUCACUGUCCCUGGGGCAUGUGAGGCACCAGUCAUCACAAACAUCACCAAAGAGCACAUGACCGUGAGCUGGAAGGAACCUGCCGAUGAUGGCAAGUCAACCAUCUUAGGAUACAUAGUGGAGAAGAAGGGAACCAAGGAAGUCAACUGGACUAAACUGAACAGGAAAGCCUUGAUAGAGAGAACCCUGGAAGUUGCUGGUCUGUCAGAGGGAGCAGAGUAUGAAUUCAGAGUAAUUGCCCUGAACAACGCUGGCCUUGGCAAACCCAGUGAGCCAUCCACUGUGGCUUCAGCCCACGAUCCUAUCAAUCCUCCUGGACCCCCUGUGAACCCGAUGGUCACUGACGUCAGCCGCAGCACGAUUAGCCUGACCUGGACUAAACCAGCCAAUAACGGAGGCAGUGACAUCCUGGGAUACCUUGUUGAAUGCAAGAGAACAGACGCAACAGACUGGAUCAGAUGCAACGUGCCCAAGAACCUCCAAGACACAUUCUACCUUGUUCAGAACCUCAUUGAUAAAUCUGAAUAUCAACUGCGUGUGUCUGCCGUGAACAAAGUGGGCUUCAGUGAAACAUGCGAAGUGCCAGACAAACAUGUAGCAAAGGACAUUUUGGUUGCUCCUGAGGCAGAACUCAGUGCUGACCUGAAGGAGGUUCUGGAGCUCCGUGCUGGGUCCCAAAUGAGACUUUUCGCCACAAUAAAGGGUCGUCCCACUCCCAAGGUGAUCUGGGCAAAAAUGAACAGCAACAUCAAGGAAAGACAAGGCAUCGUUAUCAAGAGCACCGACACUGACACUGUGGUGUUAGUCCAGAGUUGCAACAGAUAUGAUGCGGGAAAAUAUAUCCUGAGUCUUGAAAGUCGCAGCGGAAUGAAGAUGUAUACAAUUGUUGUCAAGGUUUACGAUACCCCUGGGCCACCAGUCAAUCUCAUGGUAAAGGGGACAACAAAGGACAGUGCAAAGAUCCUUUGGGAUACUCCUCUUAUUGAUGGUGGAAGCGAAGUGACCAGUUACAUUAUUGAAAAGCGUGAUGCAGAGAGAAAAGCUUGGUCUCUAGUUAAAGAUAACUAUGCCAAAAACACUCUCAAGAUCCCUGAUUUGGAGGCUGGUAGAUCUUACUGUUUUAGAGUCAAGGCUGUGAAUGAAUAUGGUGUUGGCGAGGCAUGUGAAACCGCAGAUUCAGUUAGAGCGUCUGAGGAACCUGGGCCGGUCAUGGACUUCAAGCCCUUGUUGAUCACAAAACAAGGAUGCACCCUUGGAUGGAAGAAACCUCUCAGUGAUGGCGGUAGCCGCAUCAUUGUGUAUGUGCUUGAGGUUAUGAAUGGAGAUGAUAACUGGAAGGAGCUAAUGAGUUCCAAGAACAUGCAGUACAGUGCCAAGGAUCUGGUGGAAGGAAAAGAAUAUAAGUACAGAGUCAAAGCAGUAAAUGACUCUGGUGACAGUCCGUACAAGGAGCUGGAUGUGGUGGCUAAAGACCAGAUCAUUCAUCCUGGAGUUGACUUGCGGGGCAUUCCCAAUCUGUGCUACAUUGCAAAGGAGGGAAGUAUAGUCCGCAUCAAGCUCCCACUCUACGGCAAACCUACUCCUAAAUGCUCCUGGAAGAAGGGCGAGGAUGAGGAUUUGACCGAUACUGGAAGAGUGUGUGCAGAAUCCACAGCAGUCAACACUACCCUCCUGAUCCGUGACUGCCAGAGGAGCGAUGCCUCUAAGUACACAGUCACACUGAAAAACAUUUCUGGAGUAAAGGAAUCCACCAUCUUCAUUAGGGUGGUUGGCAAACCAGGAAUGCCUGUCGCACCAAUGAAGUUUAAGGAUGUCACUGCAGAUGGGUGCACCCUGAGAUGGACUGCACCUAAGGAUGAUGGUGGAUCAGAGAUAACCAACUAUACUCUUGAGAAGAGGGAUUCUGUAACCAACAUGUGGGUUAGCAUUGCUACCGAUAUUGAAGCAGUUUCCAAUACUACCACCUUCAGAGUGACAGGUCUUCAUGAGGAGACGGAAUACAUCUUCAGAGUCUGUGCACAGAACAAGCAUGGUGCUAGUGAAGGACUCAAAUCUGAGCCUAUUGUUGCCAAGCAUCCAUUCAAUGUACCUGAGGCACCACCUGCACCUGUGAUCAUGAGUAUGCGUCAUGAUUCAUCAUUCUUGGCCUGGUCUGACCCAAGGAAGACCGGAGGCUCUCCAAUUACUGGCUACCAUGUUGAGUUCAAGGAGAGGAACAGCAUGCUGUGGAAGAGGUCAGGGGGAGCCAUUAAGAUGAAGGAACACAAGGUCACUGGCUUAACUGAAGGACUGGAAUAUGAAUUCAGAGUCAUGGCCACGAAUCUGGCCGGUGUUGGCAGAGCAAGUCCACCAACUGAGGCGCAUGUUGCCUUGGAUCCAAUUGAUGCCCCUGGAAAACCUGAUGUGAUCAGCAUCACAAGAAGUACUGUAACACUUCAGUGGACUGAGCCCAAGUACGAUGGUGGACACAGACUGACAGGCUACAUCGUGGAAAAACGUGAUUUGCCUUCCAAGAUCUGGCAAAAGGCUAACAAUGUGAAUGUUGUGGACACAGCAUACACUGUGAAAGAGCUGCAAGAGGGAUGCAAGUUUGAGUUCAGAAUCAGGGCAAAAAAUGCCGCUGGAGCAUUGAGCCCUCCCUCUGAACAAACAGAUACACUUGUGUGCAAGGAUGAAUACGAGGCACCAACCAUCACUAUUGAUUCCACUGUAAAGGAGGGACUCACAGUCAGAGCGGGUGACCACAUCAUCAUAACUGCAACAAGUAUUGUAGGCAAACCCCCACCAACAUCAGUGUGGUCUAAGGGUGGAAAAUACUUCAAGCCUUCAGAUAUCUGCCAGAUUGAGUCCACUGCAACGUCCUCGACAUUGACGGUCAAAUACGCCGGGAGAUCAGAUUCUGGAGAAUACACAAUUACAGCCAGCAAUCCAUUUGGUGUCACAGAAGAAGUUGUGAAAGUGAAGGUUUUGGAUGUACCCGCAGCUCCGGGUCCUAUUGAGGUCAGUGGAGUUUCGUCUGAGAAGGUCACACUGACAUGGACACCACCAGCUGAAGAUGGUGGAUGUCCAGUUAAAUAUUACACCCUGGAGAAGAGAGAAACAAGCCGCCUCCUUUGGACCAUUCUGUCAGAAAAAGUACUUGACUGCCACUAUAUUGCCAAGAAGCUAAUCCAGGGAAAUGAAUACAUCUUCCGUGUGAAGGCAGUUAAUCACUAUGGUCCUGGAGAAGCAGCAGUGUCUGGGCCAGCUAAGAUGGUGGACCAAUUUGGUCCCCCUGGUCCUCCAUCAAAACCAGAGAUUGAAGAGAUUGGAGGACACCAUGUCAAAAUCAACUGGAAAAGACCGAUUGAUGAUGGUGGUAGCGACAUCACAGGCUACAUGGUUGAAAAGAAAGAAAGAAAGGGCAUGAGAUGGGUUAGGGCAGCGAAGAAGUCCAUUGCUGAACUCUCAUAUGAAGUAACAGGACUCACAGAGAAAGUCGAAUAUGAAUUCAGGGUGGUUGCAGAGAACAAAGCAGGCUUCGGAGAGCCAAGUGAACCAUCAUUGUCUGUUACGACCAAAACUGUUAAAUAUGCACCUGGACCUCCAAUCAACCCAAGAAUUACAGAUACAACAAAGACUUCUGCAACAUUCUUCUGGGGGAAACCACUUGAAGAUGGUGGGCUUGAAGUCACAGGGUACUUUGUUGAGCAUAAAAAAGAUGGAGAAGAGGAAUGGUUCAAGGACACACCAACUGCUCCACUGAGAAUUACAGAAUUUGUUGUUCCUAACUUGAAAGUGGGAGCAAAAUACCACUUCAGAGUCAGUGCAAUGAAUGCAGAGGGAGUUGGUGAACCAGCUCAAACUGAAGAACUGGUUGAAAUUAUUGAACGUGAAGAAGAGCCAGACCUUGAACUGGAUGUUGAGCUGAGAAGAACCCUUGUUGUCAGGGCGGGAUGUUCCAUCCGCAUAUUUGUGCCCAUUAAGGGUCGCCCAGCUCCUGAAGUAGCUUGGACGAAGGGCGAAGACACACCACUCAAAGGACGUGCUAACAUUGACAGCACAGAGUCAUACACUAUGCUUGUCAUCCCUGACUGCACAAGAAAUGAUGCAGGAAGAUACAACUUGAUCCUUACGAAUGCUGCAGGAGAGAAGACUGCUCAUGUCAAUGUGAGAGUUCUGGAUUCACCUGGACCACCAAUUAAUCUGAAGCCAAAGCACAUUGACAAAGAGAGCAUCACUCUUCAAUGGGAACUGCCGCUUAUCGAUGGUGGUUCAAAGAUAACAAAUUAUAUAAUUGAAAAGAGAGAGUCAACACGCAAAGCAUAUUCCACCAUAAUAUCAGUGUGUCCAAAUAGCACAGUUAGAAUUCCUGAUCUAGCAGAAGGGUCAGAAUAUUACUUCAGAGUGUCGGCUGAAAAUGAGUACGGAAUUGGCGAGUCGGUUGAGACUACAGAUCCAAUUCGAGCAUCUCAAGCACCAACUCCCCCUGAGAGCGUUUAUGCUACAGAUGUCACCAAGACCUCUGUCAGUCUUGCAUGGACAAAGCCAAAACAUGACGGUGGUAGUAGAGUUACUGGAUAUGUCCUUGAAGCUCAAAAGAAGGGAGGAGACCAGUGGUCCCAUGUGACAACUGUCAAGACAAUGGACUUCAUAGUGAAGAACCUGAAUGAAAAUGAACAGUAUAUAUUCCGUGUCAUGGCUGUAAACCACUCUGGAAGAAGUGGUCCUUGUGACAGCAAGCCUGUUACUAUCAAGGAAACAAUAACAAUGCCAGAAUUUGACCUGCGUGGAAUAUGCCAGAAAAUUGUCAUUGCCAGGGCAGGAGAUGAGAUUAAAGUUGAGAUACCAGUUAUGGGACGUCCAAAACCAACUGUUUCAUGGACGAAAGAUGGUCAGCACCUCAAGAUAACCCCAAGAAUAAUCACUGAACGUACUGCAACCACAAGUAUCCUGAAUAUAACAGAAUGCAUAAGGAGUGACACAGGACAUUAUGGCAUGACAGGGAAGAACAUAGUUGGCUCAGUGACAGAUACCAUCAUAGUAAAAGUGCACGAUGUCCCUGGACCUCCAAAGGGACCAAUAAAAAUAGAUGAAAUCUCCCGUACCUAUGCUGUCAUCUCUUGGGGAACGCCUGAGAAUGAUGGAGGUGUACCAAUCAACAAUUACAUUGUUGAAUUAAGGGAAACUACAGGAACGUCAUGGAUAGAAUUGACAUCAUCGGUAAUCCGUACAAUAUUUAAAGCUACUCGUCUGAAGACUGGUGCGGAAUACCAGUUCAGAGUCAAAGCUAAAAACAGAUAUGGUGCUGGUCAACCAAUCAUCUCAGAGUCAGUGGUUGCUGCAUAUCCAUUCAAACCCCCUGGGCCACCUAGUACUCCAAAGGUUGUGGCCUUUACCAAAGACACAAUGACAAUUGGCUGGAAUGAACCUGUUUAUGAUGGUGGAAGUGAAGUCAUUGGAUAUCACAUUGAGAGAAAAGAGAGAAGCAGCAUCCUUUGGCAAAAGAUCAGCAAAUCCACGGUGAAAGAUAAUCAAUUCAAAUCAAGUGGACUGGAAGAUGGAGUUGCAUAUGAAUUCCGCGUCACUGCUGAAAACAUGGCGGGAAUUGGUAAACCAAGCAAGGCUUCAGAAGCAAUGCUAGCCCUUGAUCCAGUGGAUCCACCAGGUCAACCAGAGCCAAUCUUUGUUUCCAAGAAUAUAGUAACAAUUCAAUGGACAAAGCCUGAAUAUGAUGGUGGGUUCAAGAUUACUGGCUACGUAGUGGAAAAGAGAGACUUACCAGCUGGUCGUUGGAUGAGGGCCAACUUCACAAACAUCAUUGAGACCACUUUCACUGUAAGUGGGUUAACUCAGAAUGAGGCCUAUGAAUUCCGUGUACUUGCCAAAAAUGCAGCUGGUUCAGUAAGUGAACCAUCUGAGCCAUCGGAUCCCAUCACCUGCACAGAUGAUAUUGUGGAACCACGAAUCAUGGUUGAUGCCAAAUUCAAGGAUGUGAUUCUACUGAAAGCAGGGGAAAACUUCAAACUUGAGGCAGAUGUUGCAGGCCAACCACUACCAUCCAUGGUGUGGACCAAGGGUGGAAAGGACAUUGAAAAUACGAUGAAAUUGACAAUUAAAAUGACUGACUUAACAACAACUCUGAUUAACAAAGACUCGUUAAGAAGAGAUGGAGGUGAAUUUGUUCUGACUGCCACAAAUGUUGGAGGGUUUGCCAAGCAUAUCUUUAAUGUCAAAGUCCUUGACAGGCCAGGUCCACCUGGAGGACCCCUGGUGGUGUCAGAUAUCACAUCUGACAACUGUAUUUUGGAAUGGGCUCCACCCGCAGAUGAUGGUGGUGCAGAGAUUGACCAUUACGUGAUUGAAAAGCGUGAAUCAAGCAGGCUUGCAUGGACAAAUUCGGCCUCAGGCUUAACUGAUACCCAAUUUAAGGUGAACAAGUUACUCAAAGGAAAUGAGUACAUAUUCAGAGUAAUGGCAGUCAACAAAUAUGGAGUCGGAGAGCCUCUAGAAUCUGCUCCAACUAUUGCAAACAAUCCAUGGGUGCCAGCAGAUCCUCCAAAGGAUCCUGAAGUAACAAUAAUCACUAAGGAUUCAAUGAUUCUUAUGUGGAAGGCUCCUGAGUAUGAUGGUGGAACUCCAAUCACAAACUAUAAUAUUGAAAGGAAAGACAAGAUUGGUCUUCGCUGGGUUAAAUGCAACAAGAAGAAAGUAAAAGACUUGCAGUUCAAGGUAACUGGGCUUCUAGUAACACAUGAAUAUGAAUUCAGAAUUCUUGCAGAGAAUGCAGCUGGAUUAAGCUUACCAAGCAAUUCAAGUCCUUUCUACAAGGCUACUGACACCCUCUACGAACCAGGCCCUCCAGGAAACCCAAGAGUCGUGGACACAAACAAGUCGUCCAUUACGAUUGCAUGGAACAAGCCAAAUUAUGAUGGUGGUUCUGAAAUCACAGGAUACAUUGUGGAGACCUGCAUUCCUGGGGAGGAGGAAUGGACAAUUGUUACUCCGCCAGGAGGACUAAUGGGUACAUCGUUUACCCUUAUGAACUUAGAGGAGGACAAAGAGUACAUGAUACAAGUUUCUGCCGUAAACAGUGAGGGUAUUGGAGAGGAAGCAACUAUUCCUGGCACACCGAGAGCUCAAGACAGGCUGCUUCCACCGGAAUUUGACCUGGAUGCAGAGCUAAAGAAGGUUGUGAAUAUCAGAGCCUGUAACACAUUGAGACUUUUUGUACCUAUCAGAGGAAGACCAUCACCCGAGGCAAAAUGGACCAAAGAAGAUGGUGAACCUAUUACGAGAGCAACCAUUGAAAGCACAACUUCUUACACAUCACUGGUGGUGGAAAAUGUCAACCGAUUUGACAGUGGCAAGUACGUGCUCACAAUAGAAAACAGUUCUGGAUCCAAUACAGCUGCUGUGAAUGUCAGAGUGCUAGAUACCCCAGGUGCCCCGCAAAAUCUCAAGAUCAACAGCGUCACUAAAGAAUCUGUCACUCUUAUCUGGGAUGCUCCAGUAAAUGACGGUGGAGCAAAGAUUAAGAACUACAUUGUUGAAAAACGUGAAUCAACAAGGAAAGCAUAUGCCACUGUAAAUUCUAACUGUCAUAAGAACACCUGGAAAGUUGACCAGCUGCAGGAGGGGUGUAACUACUACUUCAGAGUUUUAGCUGAAAAUGAAUAUGGAAUUGGCCUACCAAUUGAAACCCGUGAAUCAGUUAAAGUUUCUGAAAAACCACAGCCUCCUGCCAAAAUCACCCUCGCCGAUGUUACCAAGACUAGUGCCACCCUGUCUUGGGAGAAACCAGAGCAUGACGGAGGAAGUAGAGUGGUAUGCUAUGUUAUUGAGAUGCUGAGCAAAGGUGCCGAGAAAUGGGUCCAGUCUUCCAUUGUCAAAACAUUAGAAGCAGUUGUCCCUGGACUGACACCAGGUGAAGAGUACAUGUUCCGUGUAGCAGCAAGAAAUGAAAAAGGAACAAGUGAUCCACGACAAAUUGGUGUGCCAGUGAUUGCUAAAGAUCUUGUGAUUGUCCCAUCAGCUAAAAUGUUAUUCAACACAUUCAGUGUUCUAGCAGGAGAGGAUUUGACAGUACAGAUUCCGUUUAUUGCUCGUCCCCGAGCAACUAUUUCAUUCAUAAAGGACAAUCUACCUAUGAAGCGUACCACCAGAGUUAACUUUGGAGGAUCAGAUAAACUGAUCAAUCUUCAAAUCAAAGAGGCAUGCAGAGAAGAUGUUGGUCAGUACCGAAUCAUACUCGCAAACACCGCUGGGGAUACAUCUUUAUACAUCUCAGUAGUUGUUCUUGACAAACCUGGACCACCAAAGGGCCCAAUUAAAGUUGAGGCUGUUACUACGGACAGUGUGCUUUUCUCCUGGACUCCUCCAGAGUAUGAUGGUGGUGCAACAAUCAACAGCUACCUUGUAGAAAAGAGAGACACGUCCACACAAACUUGGUUGGUCGUGUCUCCAAAUCAUGCAAGAACAACGAUUAAAGCUUCGAGGCUGAAAAACGGUUCAGAGUACCAGUUCAGGGUGACCGCUCAGAACAGGUAUGGAAAGGGCCCAUCUCUGACCUCAGGGUCUGUUGUUGCUGAGUAUCCAUUCAAAUUACCAGGCCCUCCAGGAACACCAUCUGUACAGUCUUCCACAAAGGAUAGCAUGGUAGUUGUGUGGAAUGAGCCUGUUAAUGAUGGUGGAAGCACUGUGCUGGGAUAUCAUCUUGAGCGCAAAGAGAGAAACAGUAUUCUCUGGGUGAAGCUCAAUAAGUCUCUCAUCCAGGAUACAUCUUACAAGACCACUGGUCUGGAACCAGGACAGGAAUAUGAAUUCAGAGUUUACGCUGAAAACAUUGUGGGAAUUGGAAAAGUUAGCAAACUUUCCGAAGGUCACAUUUCUAGGGAUCCUUGCGAUCCCCCCGGAGAUCCUGAGGCUACUAAGAUAACAAAGGAUUCUGUAACAAUCACAUGGACAAAGCCAGAGUAUGAUGGUGGUGCCAAUGUCACCGGCUAUAUUGUAGAGAAGAAAGAGUUGCCAGAGGGCCGCUGGAACAAAACCAACUUCACAAAUAUCAUUGAAACCGAGUAUGUGGCAACCAGCCUUGUGGAGAACCAGAAAUAUGAGUUCCGUGUUAUUGCAAGAAACGCAGCAGGUGUUUUCAGCCUUCCCUCAUACAGCACUGGACCAAUUACUGCUAAAGAUGAAAUCGACCCUCCACGUAUUAGCAUUGACCCACAGUUCACACAAACUGUUUAUGUUAAUGCUGGAGAUGGCUUCAAAAUCGAUGCCGAUGUUCAUGGUAGUCCAAUACCCGAAAUCCUCUGGAUGAAGAGUGGCCACGAGGCACCCCUUGCAAACACUAUCACAAGAGACAUAAAAAAUACAGACAGCACCACUUUGUUGACUGUCAAAGAGGCUAAACUUGAAGAUGGAGGCAAGUACACUUUACUUCUAAAAAAUCCAGGAGGCGAGAAGUCAGUGAAGAUCAAUGUGGUUGUUCUGGAUAAACCUGGGGCACCACAAGGUCCUAUCUCUGUCACUGGCAUCACAAAUGAUCAAUGUUGCCUUGCUUGGAAAUCCCCACUCUAUGAUGGUGGCAGUAAAAUCACUCAUUACAUUGUAGAAAGAAGGGAGACAAGCAGAUUAAUUUGGACUGUUGUUGAUAAUAAGUGUGAGUCAAAUUAUCUGAAGGUUACAAAACUCUUGGAGGGAAAUGAGUACAUUUUCAAAGUCCAGGCAGUAAACAAAUUUGGACUUAGUAUGGGUCUGGAAUCAAUUGCUGUGACUGUCAAAGACCCAUUCGUUCCCCCAGAUUCACCAAGUAGGUUGGAGGUCUCCGAUGUCAAAAAGGAUUCAAUGGUGAUUACCUGGGAGGCUCCUGGAUAUGAUGGUGGCAGUAAUAUUAUUGGAUACAUUAUUGAGAAGCACGAUAAGGAGGGUGUGAGAUGGACCAGAUGCAAUAGGAAGACCGUUACUGACUUAACCUACAAAGUCACCGGACUUAUGGAAAGUCAUAUUUAUGAAUUUAGAGUUCUGGCUGAGAAUGUCUCUGGAGUUGGAGAGCCAAGCUCCCCAACAGUUUUCUACAAGGCUUUGGAUCCAAUCUUCAGACCAGGUGCACCAAUUAAUCCUAAAGUAACUGACAUAAGCAAAACUUCAGUUUUCCUGUCAUGGGGCAAACCUAUAUAUGACGGAGGAUGUGAGAUUCAAGGAUACAUUGUGGAGAAAUGCGAAGUGCCAUCUCCUGCAUCUCUCACUAAGCAACCCAUCGUUGUGGAACCGGCCACUAAGGCACCAGCUGCUGAGGGAGAGGAAGCACCCGCUGAAGGAGCAGCUGAGGCAACACCUGCUGAGGCAACACCCGCCGAAGCAGCACCUGCACCUGCAGACGCAGCACCUUCCAAGGCAGAAACCGCAGAAAAAGGAAGUGCAGAAGGAGCUACAGAGGAAGAACCUGCUGAGGUGUGGACAAUCUGUACUCCACCAAGUGGCAUCAAACAAACAAGAUUUGAAGUUAGAAAAUUGGAGGAAAUGCAUUUGUACAAGUUCAGAGUUUGUGCUGUCAACAAGCUUGGUGUUGGAGACCAUUCAGAUGUCUCUGGAAUCAUUCUUGUCGAGGAGAGGAUUGAGGAACCAGAUCUGGACAUUGACCCAGACCUGAGAAAGGUUGUGAACAUUAAGGCUGGAUGUUCCCUCAGACUGUUCAUUCCUAUCAGAGGGCGACCUCAACCUGAAGUCAAAUGGGGAAAGGAUGAAGGUCCUAUUAAGGAGAAUGCACAAGUUGAAGUGACAAGUAGUUACACGUCCCUUGUGAUUGAUAAUGUCAACAGAUUUGACAGUGGAAAAUACACUGUUUCUGCAGAGAACGCCAGUGGUGAAAAAUCUGCUUUAAUUACCGUUAGAGUUCUUGACACACCUAGUGCCCCAGUCAAUCUCAAAGUGAAAGAUAUCACUGGUGAAUCAGUGACACUUACAUGGGAUGCCCCUGUGUUGGAUGGAGGAGCUAAAAUCAGAAACUAUAUUGUUGAGAAGCGGGAAAGCACCAGGAAAGCCUAUGCAGCUGUGGUGACAAACUGCCACAAAUUAUCAUACAAGGUUGAGAACCUUCAAGAGGGUUGCAAUUAUUAUUUCCGAGUCCUUGCUGAAAACGAACAUGGUGUUGGCUUGCCUACAGCAACCGUUGAUCCCAUCAAAGCCUCAGAAGUACCCCAAAUCCCACGAAAACUGAGUGUUGUUGACCAAACCAAGACAAGCAUCUCUCUUGCCUGGGAGAAGCCUGAGCAUGAUGGUGGAAGUAGAAUCAUUCAUUACCUGCUAGAGAUACAACCUAAAGGCUCUGAGAAAUGGUCAGGUGUUGCAACUGUCAGAGCAAUGGAGUCUGUUGUCAACAAUCUAAAUCCGGGUGAAGAAUAUAUUUUCAGAGUGUUUGCUAUCAAUGACAAAGGAAAGAGUGACCCAAGAGAACUUGCACUUCCAGUGACAGCAAAGGACCUUGUUAUCGAGCCUGAUGUUAGACCUGCAUUUAGCAAUUACAGUGUUCGGGUUGGUAAAGACUUCAAGGUUGAAAUCCCGAUCGCAGGACGUCCUAAACCAGCAGUUAAAUGGACAAAGGAUGGAUCAAUCCUACUCCACACCUCAAGGGUUAAAAUCUCUAACACACCAGAUAGCACAACUCUAAGUAUCACAGAGGCUACAGGAGAAGAUGGUGGAAUGUAUGGCAUUAAUGUUACUAAUGUAGUUGGGGAAAAGAACGCAACAAUUGAAAUCAUUGCUCUUGAUAAACCUGGCCCACCAAGUGGACCUGUAAAGUUUGAUGAAGUUACUAUUAACACUGCAACUAUUUCUUGGGGUCCACCAAAGCAUUCUGGUGGCUGCCAGAUUUCAAAUUACAUUGUUCAGAAAAGAGACACAACCACCACAACUUGGGAGAAUGUUGCUGCCUCCGUGGCAAGAACUACACUCAAGGUGCAAAGGCUGAAAACUGGGGCUGAAUAUCAAUUCAGAAUCAUUGCUCAAAAUCGAUAUGGCAAGAGUUACGGUUUGGACUCACAUCCUUUGACUAUAAAGUACCCUUACAAAGAACCUGGCCCACCCGGCACUCCAUUCAUUGCAUCUCUCUCCAAGGAAUAUAUGGUUGUGGAGUGGCAUGAACCAGUCGCAGAUGGAGGUAGUUCUGUUCUAGGCUAUCACCUUGAAAGGAAAGAGAGAAACAGCAUCCUCUGGACUAAGCUUAACAAAUCACUCGUUAAAGACACCAUUUACAAAACCGGUCCCUUAGAGGAGGCUGUUGAAUAUGAAUUCAGAGUUUAUGCUGAAAAUAUUGUUGGUAUUGGCAGAUGCAGCAAAAUCUCAGAGGGUUGUGUUGCACGUGAUCCUUGUGAUCCUCCUGGCACCCCAGAGGCUAUCAUUGUAAACAAAGAGUCCAUCACCAUUGAAUGGACAAAGCCAGAAUAUGAUGGAGGAAGUGUGAUUACUGGUUAUGUUGUUGAGAAACGUGACCUUCCAGAGGGACGCUGGAUGAAGGCAAACUUUACCAAUGUUAUUGAGACCAGGUUUACUGCUACUGGACUAACUGCUGAUGCACAGUAUGACUUCAGAGUCAUUGCUAAGAAUGCAGUUGGAACAUUCAGCAAGCCAUCUUAUAACAGUGGACCUAUAACAGCAAACGAUGAGGUGGAAGCACCAAGAUAUUCUAUUGAUCCUGCGUUCACCAAAACGAUCAUUAUCAAUGCAGGAGACACAUUCAAACUUGAUGCUGAUGUACAUGGAAAGCCAGUACCCACAAUCCAGUGGUUCAAGGAUGAUGUGGAAAUUGAAAAGAAUACAAUGAGAUUGGAGGUCAAAAAUACAGAAAGCGUCGCAAUGAUAGUUGUGAAGGAUUCUGUCAGAGUUGACGGUGGAAAUUACAAACUUGUCCUGACAAAUGUUGCUGGAUCAGAGUCAGUUCCAUUCAAGGUGAAUGUACUAGACAGACCAGGACCACCUGUAGGUUCCCUCCAUGUCACUGGAGUCGCUUGUGACAAAUGUACUCUGUCAUGGCGUGCUCCACUACAUGAUGGAGGCAGCAACAUCACACACUACCUCAUUGAGAGGCGUGAAACCAGUCGUCUUGCUUGGACUAUGGUUUCUAACAGCUGUGAGACCACAGUGUAUAAAGUAACUAGUCUCCUGGAGGGCAAUGAGUAUAUUUUCCGUGUCAUGGCUAUCAACAGUUAUGGCAUUGGUGAACAUGUGGAGUCUUCAGCAGUAAUAAUGAAAAAUCCAUUUGUUGUCCCUGGUGCACCACAUGUUAAUGAUGUAACGAACAUUGCCCGGGAUUCCAUGACUGUCUGCUAUUCUGCACCAGAGACUGAUGGGGGAAGUAACAUUACUACUUACAUCAUUGAGAAGAAAGACAGAGCUGGAGUUAAAUGGACCAAAUGCAACAGGCAAAAGGUCACAGACCUAUCUUUCAGAGUAACAGGUCUGACAUCAGAUCAUGAAUAUGAGUUUAGAGUAUCUGCUGAAAAUGCAGCCGGUGUUGGUGAGCCAAGUCUACCAACAUCAUACUUUAAGGCCAGUGAUCCCAAGUACAAACCUGGGGCACCCACACAUGCACAUGUGAUUGAUACCACAAAGAGCUCAAUCACAGUCGCAUGGGGAAAGCCUCUCAAUGACGGUGGCAGUCCUAUCCAGGGAUACAUUGUAGAGAUUUGCAAAGCUGAGGAGGAGGAAUGGACAAUGUGCACACCACCAACAGGCCUGCGGGUCAAUAAAUUUGAAAUCACAAAACUUACUGAGGGUCAGGAAUAUCACAUCCAGGUCUGUGCUAUCAAUAAACUGGGUGUUGGUGAACUAGCUGCUGUAUCUGGAACAUCUAAACCAGAGGAGAAGGUAGAGGAUCCAGAAAUUCAACUGGACUCGGAAUUGAGGAAAGGAAUUGUGGUGCGUGCUGGAGGAUCUGUGAGAAUCAAUGUACCAUUCAAAGGCAGACCAACGCCAGAGAUUAAGUGGUGUAAGCUGAAGAAGGUUGAAGAAGUGGAAGAAGAACGAGAAUUGCAAGAGAAAGCAGUGGUUGAUAAAGGUCUCAACUAUACUCAGCUUUCCAUUGACUCUUGUGACAGAAGUGAUUCUGGAAAGUACAAUGUGACUGUGAAGAACAGCAGUGGUACCGUUUCUGAAUUUGUAACUGUGAAAGUGCUAGAUACACCAGGUGCCCCUCUGAAUCUCAAACUGACAGAGAUCAAGAAAGACUCCAUAACUCUUGUUUGGGAUGCCCCUCUUACUGAUGGCGGAGCGAAAAUCAAGAAUUAUGUUGUUGACAAACGUGAAUCAAUCAGGAAAGCUUUUGCAAAUGUAACAACCAAGGUCAACAAAACAACCUACAAGGUUGAAAACCUUGUUGAGGGGGCUAUGUAUUACUUCAGAGUUAUGGCUGAGAAUGAAUAUGGAGUUGGAUCGUCGACUGAAACAAAGCUUGCAACAAAGGCCUCUGAGGUGCCUCUACCAGUCGGAAAGAUCUUCUUGACUGAUGUUACUAAAGUCAGCGCAUCGUUCAGAUGGGAAAAACCAGAGCAUGAUGGUGGAAGCAGAAUUACUGGUUACCUAGUUGAGAUGCAGCAAAAGGGAGGGGACAAAUGGGGUGUUGCAACAUCCACAAAGGGUGAUUGUCAUGGCACAGUCACUGGACUUACUGCUGGACAGGAGUAUCUGAUCCGUAUCGUAGCUUACAAUGAGAAGGGAAAGAGUGAGCCUAAAGCACUGGCUAUGCCAGUUGUUGCUAAUGACAUGACUAUUGAACCAAGCUUAAAACUCAUGUUCAACACCUACACCGUCAAAGCUGGUGACGAUCUGAUAGUAGAAAUCCCAGUGUUUGGUAGGCCGAAACCCCAAAUUGUUUGGAAGAAAGAGGGUCUGCCAUUGAAAAUGACAACAAGAGUGAAUGUGAUAAACACAGCAACAACUGCUACCAUUAAAAUUACUGAGGCAUGUAAGGACGACUUUGGAAAGUAUACCAUUAUGGCAACUAACACAGCUGGCUUAUUCUCUGAAGACAUAGGAAUCACAAUCCUUGACAAACCUGGUCCUCCAACCGGACCCAUUAAAGUCCUUGAAGUAAGCAAUAACUCUGUCAGUCUUUCAUGGGGAGCCCCGGAGUACACAGGCGGAUGUCAAGUAAAGCAUUACAAUGUGGAAAGACGAGAUACAACACAAACAGCAUGGCAAAGUGUGAAUGCACAGCUAGCUAGAACAGCUAUCAAAAUAACCAAGCUGAAAACGGGCGCAGAGUAUUGUUUCAGAAUCUGUGCUGAGAAUAGAUAUGGAAAGGGCGCUCCUUUGGACACAAAAUCAAUUGUGGUGCAAUAUCCAUACAAAUCCCCAGGACCACCUGGAACUCCAUACAUCAAAUCUGCAACAAAGGAUCAAAUGAUUAUUGAAUGGAAUGAGCCAGUCAAUGAUGGUGGUAGUACGGUUAUUGGAUACCAUCUUGAAUCUAAAGAAAGAACCAGCAUUAUGUGGACGAAACUCAACAAAGCCCUCAUCGCUGAUACCUCUUUCAAGAUAUGUAAUCUUGAGGAGGACAUUGGAUAUGAAUACAGGGUCUAUGCUGAAAACAUUGUUGGCAUUGGCAGAGCAUCCAAAAUAUCAGAAUCAUUCGUUGCUCGAGAUCCAGUUGAUCUACCAGGUACCCCUGAGGCUACUGUUAUCUCCAAGAAUCACAUUGUGAUUCAAUGGACUAAGCCACUGUAUGAUGGAGGCAGUAAGAUCACUGGAUAUAUUGUGGAGCGGAGAGAUCUAGCCAACAUUGAGGGUCGCUGGAUGAGAGCCAACUUCACAAAUGUCAUUGAGACAGAAUUUGCCAUCUCUGGCUUGACAGAAAAUGAAAAAUAUGAGUUCAGAGUGAUUGCAAGAAAUGCCGCUGGUAUUUUCAGUGAGCCUUCUGACAGCACUGGACCCAUUACUGCCACAGAUGAGAUUGAAGCACCAAGAGCCUCAAUGGAUCCUAAAUACAAGGAUGUCAUUGUUGUUAAUGCUGGGGACAACUUAGUUUUGGAUGCUGACAUCUAUGGCAAACCCGCUCCUGAGGUCUUAUGGUUGAAGGAAGGAAAGCAAAUGGACAAAGCUCUUCGAAUUGAAGUGAAAACUACACAGAAACGUGCAGCUAUGCAUAUCAAGGACUGCACAAGGUUAGAUAGUGGAAACUAUGACCUCAGUCUCACCAAUAUCGGUGGGGUAAAGACAAUCCCAAUCACUGUGAAGGUCCUUGAUAAACCAGGUGCACCCACUGGACCACUGAGAGUCACUGGACUGACUGCCGACAGAUGCUUCCUAUCUUGGACUGAUCCCUCUCUGGAUGGUGGUGCAGCUAUAAGUCACUAUAUUCUGGAAAAGAGAGAGACCAGUCGGUUAUCCUGGACUGUGGUUAACGCAAAUAUUCAAGCUACAAAUUUCAAAGUGAUCAACCUACUGGAAUUGAAUGAAUAUAUCUUCAGGGUUAGGGCUGUGAACAAAUAUGGCAUUGGUGAUACUUUGGAGUGUGAGGCAGUAACCGCACGCAAUCCAUACAAGCCUCCAAGUGCACCCGGAACACCUGAAGCAAGUAAAAUAACAAAGGAUUCUAUGGUCCUAUCAUGGUCAAAGCCAGAGAACAAUGGUGGAGCAGAAAUCGACUGCUACCAUCUUGAGAAACGUGACAAGGAUGGUGUAAGGUGGACCAAAUGCAACCGGCAGCCAUUGACUGAUCUACACUUCAAAGUCACUGGGCUUUUGGAUGGUCAUUUCUAUGAAUAUCGUGUUUCUGCAGAGAAUGAAGCUGGAGUGGGAGAUCUGAGCGAACUCUCCCUGUUCUACAGAGCAUGCAAUGCUACAACAGCACCUGGACCACCACACCAUCCUAAGGUGACAGAUCACACCAGCUCGACUGUGUCCUUGACUUGGGGCAAACCCGCUUCUGACGGUGGAGCAUAUAUCAAAGGGUACAUUGUUGAAAUGAGAGAGGUGACAGAUGAGGAGAGGAAAGCAAUGGAAGAGGAAAAGAAAAGGAAAGAAGCAGCAGCAGCAGAAGAAGAGUAUUCGGAAGAAGAGGAGGAAGUGGAAACAGCAGCAGUAGAAGAGGUGAAAGAACCUGCUAAGGAGUAUGAAUGGACCAUAUGUACACCUCCAACUGGCAUCCAGGCGACACACCUCACUAUUAAGGACUUGAAGGCAGGACUAGAAUACAAAUUCCGCGUCUGUGCUAUCAAUUCAGAGGGAGUUGGUGAGCCUGCAGAUAUACAUGGCACUGUGAUUGCUGCAGAAAGAGUUGAGGCACCAGAGAUUGAACUGGAUGCCAACCUCAGGAAGGUUGUCUCUGUCCGUGCAGGUGGAUCUCUGCGUCUGUUUGUCACAAUCAGAGGAAGACCUGAACCUGAAGUUAAAUGGGCAAAGUUGGACGGCGAGCUGACAGAACGUGUCAUGAUAGAAUCCACAAGCUCAUAUACUAUGCUUGUAAUUGACAAUGUAAACCGAUUCGACAGUGGCAAAUACACAUUGAACCUUGAGAAUAACACUGGUGAAAAAUCUGCACUUAUCAACGUCAGAGUGUUGGACACACCAAGUGCUCCACAGGCCUUUGCAGUCAAAGAUAUCAAAAAAGAUUCUGUAAAUCUUGUUUGGGAAACACCACUCACAGACGGUGGAUCAAAAAUAACCAAUUACAUUGUGGAGAAGCGAGAAUCCACCAGAAAGGCUUACACUGCCGUGACAACUAACUGCUUAACUAAUUCCUUCAAGAUUGAUGAGUUGCCAGAGGGAUGCAUUUUCUACUUCCGUGUAUGUGCUGUAAAUGAGUAUGGCAUUGGGUUGAUGGCUGAAACCAAAAACCCAAUUAAAGUUUCUGAAGUGCCUAUGCCACCACGAAAUGUCAGAGUUACAGAUCUCACGAAAAACAGUGUAUCACUUGCCUGGGAAAAGCCAACUCAUGAUGGUGGAAGCAAAGUAAUGUGCUACAACGUUGAGGUGCAAGGUAAGGAUGACAAGGGUACCCAGAAGUGGAAUCCUUCAUGCACAGUCAAAAUCCUGGAAACAACUAUUGCAAACCUAGUAGCAGGUGACGCAUAUUCAUUCAGAGUCAUUGCAAUCAAUGAGAAGGGAAAGAGUGUACCAAAGGAACUUGGUCUACCUGUGACAACAAAAGAUAUUGCUAUUGAACCCUCAAUUGAGGUGUUAUUCAACACUUACAGUGUGAAGGCUGGAGGUGAUCUUACAGUUGAAAUCCCAGUUAGGGGCCGACCUAAACCUGUUAUUGCAUGGAAACAUCAUGGCCUUCCUUUGAAGCAAACAAGCUCAUUGACAAUUCUGAAUACCAAGACCUCAUCCAAAAUUAUUAUAAAGGAGGCGGGCAGAGAACAUGUCGGAAAAUAUGAAAUCACUGCCGCAAACCCAGGUGGAUUGAAAAUAGCAGAGAUUGGAAUUAUUGUCCUUGACAAACCUGGUCCACCAACUGCUAUCAAACCAACUGCUGUAACUUCAGACAGUAUUUCAUUGUCAUGGGCUCCACCAGAGUAUGAUGGUGGUUGCUGCAUCAACAACUACAUUGUAGAGAAGAGAGAUACAAACGCAACAGAUUGGCAAAUGGUCUCAGCAAAUGUUGCAACAACAGCAAUUAAAGCCUCCCGAUUGACAAAGGGUGCUGAAUACCAGUUCCGUAUCUAUGCUGUAAAUCGUUAUGGAAAGAGUCAACAUACAGAUUCCCGUGGAAUUACAGCCCAGUAUAACUUCAAGCUACCUGGCCCACCAUCGACUCCUAAAGUGGUACAUGCAACCAAGAUUUACAUGCUUGUCACAUGGAAUGAGCCAGUCAACGACGGAGGCAGCACAGUUCUUGGAUAUCAUUUGGAGCGAAAGGAGAGAACCAGCAUCAUCUGGAACAAGAUGAACAGAGGUCUCAUCAAAGAUACAGAAUACAAAGUGACUGGCAUUGAAGAGGGCAUGGGGUAUGAAUACCGCGUUUAUGCUGAAAACAUUGCUGGAAUUGGAAAAUGCAGCAAAGCUAGUGAGGCUGUUUCUGCAAGAGAUCCAUGCGAUCCCCCUGGCGAGCCAACUGUGACAGCUAUCACAAGAACAUCGGUAUCCCUCGCUUGGACGAAGCCAGAGUACGAUGGUGGAGCCAAGGUUACUGGUUACAUUAUUGAACGCAGAGAUCUCCCAGAAGGCCGCUGGAUGAGGUGUAACUUCACCAACGUGGUGGAAACCUACUAUGACGUCACAGGCCUUACCAAGGACCAGCAGUAUGACUUCCGUGUCAUUGCAAAGAAUGCUGCUGGAUGCUUCAGUGACCCAUCUGAUUCCACUGGUUCAAUCACAGUCAAGGAUGAUGUGGAUCCACCACGUAUCAUGAUGGACGUGAAGUACAGAGCUGUUGUAGUUGUAAAAGCCGGAGAUGUUCUUAAAAUCAAUGCAGAUAUCGCUGGUCGUCCACUGCCAGUAGCAUCAUGGAAAAAAGAUGGCAAAGAGAUCGAGCUCAGGGCCAGAAUUCAGAUUCUUGCAACAGAUACCAGCACCUCAGUAAUUGUGAAGGACUGCAUAAGGCGUGAUUCUGGACAAUAUACUUUGACUCUGCAAAAUGUUGCCGGAACAGUAUCUACACCAGUGGACGUUGUGAUCCUGGAUAAGCCAGGACCUCCCGCUGGCCCCCUGGCGACUACAGGCAUUACAGCAGAAGAUGUCACCUUAGCAUGGGGUCCUCCUCAAGAAGCAGGCGGCGCAGAUAUCACACACUACGUUGUUGAGAAACGUGAAACAAGCCGUCUUGCUUGGACAGUGGUGAAUGCAGAUCUGAACAAGACACAUUUCAAGGUCACAAAUCUCCUCAAGGGUAAUGAAUACAUCUUCAGGGUCAUGGCCGUCAAUAAGUAUGGACUUGGCGAAACUCUUGAGAGUGAGGUUGUCAAAGUGGCUGAUCCAUUCACAAAACCAUCUGCUCCCACAAAUUGUGAGAUCACGGAGGUAUCCAGUGAGGAGAUGAAACUUGUCUGGCAGAAACCUGUUUCAGAUGGAGGCAGUGAAAUUACUGGAUAUGUAAUUGAAAGGCGCGACACGGCAGGUAUACUCUGGGUCCGUGUGAACAGAGAGCUUGUGACUGAAUUGACAACCACAGCAACUAAACUACGAAAAGGAUAUGAAUAUGUGUUCCGCGUGUUUGCUGAAAACGCUGCUGGUUUGAGUCCUCCAAGUGAAGCAUGCCCAUCGUUUAGGGCUGAAGAUGAACAGGUCGAGCCAGACCCACCAAGUAAACCAAAGGUUGUUGAUUCAACCAAGAGUUCAAUCUCCAUCAUUUGGAACAAGCCACUAGAAGAUGGUGGAGCUCCAAUCCUUGGAUACUGUGUGGAGUAUAAGAAACUUAAGGACGAGGAAUGGACAGUGGCCAUUCAGAACAUAAAGAGCAUGGAGUUCACCGUCUCUGGACUUACAGCAGAUGAAGAAUAUGAGUUUGCUGUUAAGGCAAUAAACAAGAUUGGUGAAAGUGAGCAAAGUCCAAUUUCUGAGCCUAUCGCAGCAAUGGAUAGAACUGUGGAGCCUAUGUUUGAUGUUGACAUAGAAAUGCGCAAGACAUUGAUUGUCAAGCAUGGCAACGCAUUCACUCUGACUGUACCUUAUAAGGGAAAACCUGCACCAUCAGUAGAAUGGAGCAAGGAGGAAGUAGACCUCAAGGCAAGAGCAACCAUUGAAACAAAUCACAGCUGCACUUCACUAACAAUUGAAACGGCAACAAGAAAUGACUCUGGACAGUACAAUGUAACAUUAGAGAAUGGCAUUGGAGACCCAGUAACAUUACCAAUAGUUGUAAAGGUUCUUGACUCUCCUGGACCACCACUUAAUGUAGUUGUUAAGGAUGUCACCAAAGACACUGCUACCGUUACAUGGGCAGCUCCAGAAAAUGAUGGAGGUGAUGCUGUGAAGGCCUACCAUGUUGAGAAACGUGAAGCCAGCAAAAAGGCAUGGGUGGGUGUGACCAACAACUGCCACGCGUUGUCCUACAAAGUGGAAGAUUUACAAGAGGGAGCCUUCUAUUACUUCAGAGUCAUGGGAGAAAACGAAUUUGGAGUGGGUGUUGCUGCUAUCCCCAAGAAUGGAACAAAGAUUACAGAAAAACCAAGUCCACCUCAAAAGCUUGGGGCUAUUGCAGUAACCAAGGACAGUGUUACAAUCGGAUGGAUUAGACCAGAACACGAUGGUGGAAGCAGAGUAACUCAGUACUUCAUUGAAGCACUUGAGAAAGGACAACCCAAAUGGUCGAAGGUUACUCUUGUGAACACAACUUCCUUCCAAAUCAAAAACUUGAAGGAAAAUGCUGAAUACUUCUUUAGAGUUAGUGCUCAGAAUCAUGCUGGACUCGGCGAACCCAAAGAGAUGAUCGUUCCUGUUGUAGUGAAAGAUCAACUGGAGGCCCCAGAUUUUGACAUGAAAAACUACCCCAGCAAUACUGUCUAUGUGAGAUCAGGAUCAAAUCUGACCUUUGAGCUUCCUAUGACCAGCAAACCUUUGGCAAAGGUUAUUCUGUCAAGAAACACUGUUAUUCUGAAACCGUCCAAGAGAUUGGUCACUCAAGUUACUGCUGAAAGCCUGAUCAUCAAACUGAAUGAGAGCAUUGCAAGUGAUGCUGGCAGAUAUGACAUCAGCGCCUCCAAUACAAGUGGUAUCACCAAGAUGUUCAUCAACAUCGUUGUGUUGGAUAGACCUGGUCCUCCAACUGGUCCUAUUGAGGUUGGCGAAGUGACUGAAUCCACAGUGGCUCUCAAAUGGGCUCCUCCUGUGUAUGAUGGUGGCAGCCCAGUUACCAACUACGUUGUACUGAGACGUGAAACAAGCACACCUGCUUGGACUGAAGUGUCUUCUCAGGUUGCGAGAAGUGCCAUAAAGGCCGGCAAGCUUACCAAAGGAGAGGAAUAUCAGUUCAGAAUCAAGGCAGAGAAUCGCUUUGGUAUCAGUGACCACAUUGACACGCCACCAAUCACAGUGAAACUUCCAUACACAUUCCCUGGUCCUCCAUCAACACCAUGGGUAACCAUGGUUUCAAGAGAGAGCAUUACAGUCAAUUGGAACGAGCCUGUCACAGAUGGAGGAAACACUGUCACGGGCUACCACCUGCAGAUGAAAGAGAGAAGCAGUAUUCUGUGGCAAAAGGUCAACAAAGUAGCAAUCAUUGGAACACAGCUGAGAGUAACAAACAUCUGCCCUGGCCUCAUCUACGAAUUCAAGGUGAUAGCAGAAAAUGCAGCUGGUAUUGGAAAAAUCAGCAAAACAUCAGAAGAGGUGCUCGCCAUUGAUAACUGCGAGCCCCCGGCAGCUGUAAGAGUCUCCGAGAUCACAAAGAACUCCAUCAGUCUGGCCUGGGUUAGGCCGCCUUAUGAUGGUGGCAGCAAGAUCAUUGGAUACAUGGUGGAGAGGAAGGACUGCCCAGAAGGCAGAUGGACAAGGGCAAACUUCACUAACGUGAUUGAGAUGAACUUCACAAUGUCAGGCUUGACCCAGAAUGAAUCCUAUGAGUUCAGAGUUUACGCAAAGAACGCAAUCGGUUCUAUCAGCAAUCCAUCUGAUGUCGUCGGUCCAAUCACUUGUGUCGAUUCAUGUGGUGCCCCUGCGAUCGAUCUUCCUCCAGAGUAUUUAGAUGUUGUGAAAUACAAAGCUGGAUCCAUGGUUAAGAUCAGAGUGGGGAUUCUUGCUAAGCCUCUGCCAACAAUUGAGUGGUACAAGGAUGGAAAAGAAAUGGUGUCAAGCACUACACUCUCCAUCGAGAGCACUACUGAUUCCUCUAGUCUUCUCAUCAAGGACGCAACUCGUAGCCACACUGGCACAUAUGAAAUAAAGAUCAAAAACGCUCUGGGUUCGGCAUCUGCCACCAUCAGGAUAGAAGUUCUAGACAAACCUGGACCACCUCCUGGCUUGAUUCAGUUUAUGCUAGUCACAGCAGACAAGAUCAUUCUUAAGUGGGAGCCAAUCACUGAUGAGGGUGGUGCUAAGGUCAGCCAUUACGUUGUGGAGAAACGUGAAACUAGCAGAGUGGUAUGGUCUACCGUGUCUGAGAGACUAGAAGAGUGCUACAUAGGUGUCAUGAAGUUGGUACGAGGAAAUGAGUACAUUUUCCGUGUGAGGGGUGUCAACAAGUUCGGAAAUGGAGAGCCCUUGGACUCUGAGCCUGUUGUUGCCAAAAAUUUAUUUGUUACCCCAGGACAGCCUGCCACACCAGAGGUAACAACUACAACCAAAUCAACAAUGGUAGUUGUAUGGGACAAACCAGGUGUGGAUGGCGGUAGUCAAGUAACUGGCUACUACCUUGAGAGACGUGACAAGAAGAGCCUUCGCUGGAUAAAGGUCUUGAAAGAUCCGAUUAACAACAACACUACGACUAUCUUUAACCUAACAGAAGGCAAUGAAUAUCAAUACCGUGUGUGUGCCAUCAACAAAGCCGGAGAGGGCCCCUUCUCAGAUGUGUCUGACUACUACAAAGCAGCUGAUCCAGUUGAACCACCAUAUGAACCUACCAAGCUCAAAGUGGUUGACUCAACCAAGACAUCUAUCACCCUUGGAUGGGCCAAGCCAGAGUGGGAUGGAGGCAGUGAGAUCCUCAGCUACGUUGUUGAACAGCUGACGGACGUGGAGGGUCUACGACGCAAACCACCCAAAGAAGAAUCAUCUGAAUCAGAAGGAGAAGAAGAGGAGGAAGAAGAAGCAGACAAUGGAGAAUGGGUUGUAAUCAGCCAGAAGGGAGAAGUGAGGACAGCAGAGUACGUUGUGUCCGGCCUAACACCAGAUGUUGACUACUACUUCCGUGUAUCUGCAGUCAACAUCGCAGGGCGUGGAGAGGCCAUUAAGAUGAAAGAGCCUGUUCAUGCUAAGGAUAUUCUGGAGGAAGCUAUCUUCGAUCCAGAUGUUGCCAUGAGAACACACUACAUCGUAAAAGCCAAGCAGGAUGUGGAGAUCACAGUGCCCCUCAAGGGCAGACCUGCACCUAGUGCUACUUGGAUGUUCGGAGACGAGAACAUCGACAAUAAUAAAAAAUAUGAAAUCCACCACUCAGAUACUACAUCAACCCUUGUUAUUCCAGAAGUCAGCCGUAAUGACACUGGUAGGUACACUGUGAAGAUUGAAAAUGGUGUAGGAGAGCCAAAGUCAACGACACUGUCUGUGAAGGUUCAAGACUCACCAGCUGUCUGCACGAACCUGGUAUUGAAGGAUGUCACUCGUGGUAAAGUAACCAUGUGCUGGGAAGAACCUGAACUUGAUGGUGGUGCUGAUAUUACAAAUUACAUCAUUGAAAAGAGAGACUCAUCCAAGAGAUCCUACUCUAGUGUGACAACCAAAUGCACAGAACAAUUCUAUACCAUUGAAGAUCUCUCGGAGAAAACAUCCUUCUUCUUCCGUGUAUCAGCAGAGAAUGAAUUUGGAAUAAGUGAUCCUUGCAGCACAGUUGAACCAGUAAAAGCUACAGAGACUCCUGGUCCAGUCAAAGAAGUUGCUAUGAAGGAUGCCUCAAAGACCUCUGUAACACUGCAGUGGGUGAAGCCUGAUUAUGAUGGUGGAAGCAUCAUAUCUGACUACGUCAUUGAGAAGAGACUCAAGGAUGAAGAGGACUGGGCAGCUGCCGGCUGCAGCAAACAAUGUGAACACGAAGUACCAAAACUCAAAGAAACCUCACAAAUGAAUUUCAGAGUUGCCGCCAGAAAUGAAAAGGGGAAGGGUGACUUCACUGAAAUUGGACCAAUUGAAGUGAAGGACUUUGUCAUCCCACCAGAGGCCAACCUGGAUGAGUAUCCAGGUGGGGAAAUCAGUGUCCGUGUGGGCCAUAAUGUACACAUUGAGUUGCCCUAUAAGGGUAAACCCAAACCUGCCACGUAUUGGCUUAAGGACAAUAUGCCACUGAAGGAGAGCGAACUAGUACGCUUCAGGAAAACAGACAGCAAAGUUGUUCUCAUGAUCAAGAAUGUGAGACCAGAGCAUGGUGGGAAAUAUACACUUACUCUUGAUAACAGGGUGUACAGGAAAUCCUUCAACGUUUUUGUCAUAACUCGCGGACCACCAUCAAAGCCUGUCGCACCCAUCAACUUUGAUGAGGUCAGAGCAGACAGUGUCACAAUAUCCUGGGAGGAGCCAAAUGAUUACGGAGGUGGAGAAAUCACUUGCUACUCUGUAGAGAAGCGCGACACAUCUCAGAAUGACUGGAAGAUGGCAUGCUCUAGUGUCACUGACACAACAUUCAAGGUGCCCAACUUGAUCAAGGGAAUAGGGUACCAGUUCAGAGUGCGUGCUGAGAACAUAUAUGGAGUCAGUGAGCCACUGGUGUCACCAAGCGUUGUCGCUAAACAUCAGUUCAGGCCUGCAGGUCCACCAGGAAAGCCUGUUGUGUACAACGUCACCAACGACGGAAUGACCAUUCAGUGGGAGCUGCCCGUCUUCAAUGGUGGCUGUCCAGUCAAGGGCUACCAUGUUGAGAAGAAGGAGAAGAACAGUGUCAUGUGGCAGAAGGUCAACACUGUGGCUAUCCCUGGAACAGACUAUAGAAUCCUUGGCCUUAUUGAAGGACUGGAAUAUCAAUUCAGAGUCUACGCUCAGAAUGAUGCCGGAUUCAGCCGCAAGAGUGACGAAAGCAACACCACCAUGGCAGUUUCUCCAGUUGAUCCACCUGGUCAACCUGACUACACUGAUGUGACCAGCAAUUCUGUUGCACUGAAAUGGGAUGCACCCAAACGUGAUGGAGGCAGCAAGAUUGUGGCUUACAAUGUUGAAAAACGCCAAGGACAGGGCCGCUGGCUGAAGAGCAACUUCACUGAUGUCCACGACACCCAGUUUACUGUCACUGGUCUUGCUUGCAAUGAACGCUAUGAGUUCAGAAUUAUUGCAAGAAAUGCUAUUGGCGUAGUGAGUCCCCCAUCUAACUCAUCUGGACACAUCGUGGUCAGAGAUGAAAGUGCUUCUCCAAACAUUGAGUUUGGCCCGGAGUAUUUUGAGGGACUCACAAUCAAGGCAGGAGACAAUAUGAGACUAAAGGUAUCGAUCAGUGGACGACCACAGCCCAAGGUUGUGUGGUUCAGAGACGGCGUGCAAAUCACCAAGUCGAUGAUGGACACCACCACAGUUGCUGGAUCAAGCAUGCUCUUUGUACGUGAUGCUGACCGCAGUCACAAAGGAACUUACACAGUGGAAGCCACCAAUAGCCAAGGAACCAAGAAGGAGGCCAUCAUUGUCCAAGUCCAUGAUACUCCUGGAGAGCCGGUGGGACCUAUCAUUUUCAGUGAUAUCUCUGAAGGAAAAGUGACCCUCACAUGGAAUCCACCGGAGAACGACGGCUGCUCUGACAUCUCUCACUACAUUGUUGAGAAGCGUGAGACCUCUAAGAUCUCAUGGGCACUUGUCUCGGAUUGCUGUAAAGAAACAGUAUACCACGCCACCAAGCUGAUGAAGACCAAUGAGUACCAGUUCCGUGUUUCUGCUGUCAACAGGUUUGGUACCGGCCGACCAUUGGAUUCAAGUCCCAUCAUUGCACAAAUGCAAUACACUACUCCUGAUGCACCUGGCACACCUGAUUCCACUGCAGUUUCUGGAGACAGUAUCACACUGGCAUGGGAAGCAUCCACAUCUGAUGGAGGCAAUCCUAUUCAGUACUACAUUGUUGAAAAACGUGAGAAGAAGACUGUCCGCUGGGACAAGGUGAGGUCAAAGAAGCCCAUUGUGGAGCCUGCUCACCGGGUGGAUCAUCUCACUGAAGAUAUGGAGUAUGAGUUCCGUGUGAUGGCAGUAAACAACGCCGGUAUUGGAGCACCCAGUAACAUCUCAAUGGCCAUUAAAGCCAGUGAGCCAAAAGAUAUUGCAUGCGCUUCAUCUGUGGUUCAUGUAACCGACUCUACAGAUACAACUAUCAGUUUGGAAUGGACAAAGCCUAAAGACGAUGGUGGCAGUUCCAUCCAUGGAUACGUCAUUGAGUUGCACAAGGUAUCUAAGGAAGAACUAAAAGAAAUACUUGCUAAACCUAAGAAGGUGGUAGACAGCUCAGAAGAGGAGGAGGAGGAGGAGGAGGAGGAAGAGAAAGAAGAGGAUACCAGAGAAUGGAUCAGAAUCAAUGAGGAUCUGGUCAAUGAUACAAAAUACAUUGCAACUGGUUUGGAAACUGGUUCAUACUACCUGCUUCGUGUUUCUGCCCAGAAUAGUAUUGGAAAAGGAGAGGAGCAAGAGAUUCCUGAGCCAGUACAGGCUGUGGACAGACACGUAAAACCUGACGUUGAUAUUGACGCUACCUUCAAACAUACACACAUUGUGAAGAAGGCAGGCACCGUCUGUCUCCAUAUCGCCUACAAAGGAAAACCAAUUCCUUCAGUUAAAUGGAGUAAAGAAGAUGAAGAAGAACUUGGUGUCAUGACAGAUAUUACUACUACAGAGACCUACACUGCUCUGACGAUAGAAAAGUGUACCAGAUACAAUUCUGGAAGAUACACUCUUACUCUGGAGAACAGCAGUGGCGUAAGGGAAGUUGAUUUCAUUGUAAAGGUGUUGGAUACACCUGGACCUCCAGGACCUAUUGCCUUUGCAGAAGUGUCCAGAGGAGCACUGACACUGGUUUGGGAACCUCCAGCUAAUGAAGGUGGAGCUCACGUUCAACAUUACAUUGUAGAGAGGCGUGAGGCAAGUCGUCGUACCUGGAACCAAUCCGGUGGCAAGGUCACUGCGCUAUCCUUACAUAUCCAGGAUCUUCUGGAAGGUGUUCCCUACUUUUUCAGAGUUUCAGGAGAGAACCAGUAUGGUAUUGGUGAACCUUUUGAGACGAUAGAUCCCAUUAUUGCUACUGCAGAGCCUUCUUCACCAAUGAGAUUGGAUGUUGUGGACGUCACAGACACUACAGCAACACUCUCCUGGGUCAAACCCGAGCACGACGGUGGUAGUCGUAUCACAGGCUACAUCAUUGAGCAUAAGGCAAAGACCACAGAUAAAUGGGUCGUUGGUGGUGAGACCAAGAACGAGAGCAUCACUCUAGAAUUAUGUAGGACUGCAGAGUAUGAGUUCCGCGUUAAGGCAAAGAACGAUGCAGGCAACAGCUUACCAAGAGAAGCACUAUCCUCAGUGUUAAUCAAAGAGCCACAGAUAGAACCAACUGCAGAUCUCAGUGAAAUAUCUAACCAGGAGGUCAUCUGUAAAGUGGGUAAUACCUUUGCCAUCGAUGUUCCCAUCACUGGUAGACCAGCACCGAAGGUAAUCUGGAAACUGGAGGAGAUGAGGCUGAAGGACAGUGAAAGGGUUGCAAUCAAGACGGUCAAAAACAGGACAACUCUGUCUAUCAGAGACGCCAUGAGGGGCGAUGGUGGCAGAUACUUCCUCAGUCUUGAAAAUUCUGCUGGAUCCAAGACGUUCUUUGUUACUGUCAAUGUCAUUGGAAGACCUGGUCCCCCCCUUGGACCCGUUGAAGUUUCAUCCAUAACAUCGGAAUCAUGUGAGAUUGCUUGGGAAGCACCAGAGGAUGACGGUGGAACAGAUAUCACCAACUACAUCGUUGAGAAGCGUGAAUCUGGCUCCACUGCCUGGACACUCAUCAACUCCAGUGUGAAACGCACCAACCUCAGUGUGGGACAUCUGACAAAGUACAUGCAAUACACCUUUCGCGUCAGUGCUGAGAACAGAUUUGGCACAAGCAAAUCAACUGAAUCUGAGACCAUUGUCGCUGAGAAUCCAUUCGGUCCUUCUGGUGCACCAACCAGACCUUCUGUAUACAACGUGGCUUCCACCACCUGCCACAUUCGCUGGGAGGAGCCAUACCACGAUGGCGGCAGCAAGGUGACUGGAUACUGGAUUGAAAAGAAAGAACGAAACAACAUCCUUUGGGUGAGGGAGAACAAGAUCCCAUGCUUUGAAUGUGACUACAGAGUGGAGGGACUUAUUGAAGGCCUUUCGUACCAGUUCCGUGUCUUUGCAAUGAACAGCGGUGGCCUCGGCAAAGCUAGCGAGGCAUCCAAGCCUAUGGUGGCUCAAAAUCCAGUUGAUCCUCCUGGUAGACCAGAAGUAACUGAGGUAGGCAGAUCUACAGUGUCCAUCAAAUGGUCUACACCACUUGACGAUGGUGGCUUCCCAAUUGUGGGUUACAUUGUUGAGCGCAAGCCAUACACCAUCACUGGCGAAGGUCGCUGGCUGAAGUGUAACUACACCAAUGUCACAGAAAAUAACUUCUCAAUCACUGCACUUGGUGAAGGAGAGGUCUACGAGUUCCGAGUCAUUGCCAAGAACUCCAACCAAGUUUUCAGUAUGCCUUCAGAGUCAACCGGCGCAGUCACAUGCAAAGCAGAAUACACUCCUCCAAAGGCAGACCUUGACAGCAAACUUCUGGUUGACACGGUUACAAUCAGAGCCGGCUCAGACCUUGUUCUGGAUGCUGCUGUUGGUGGUAAACCUGACCCCAAAGUGUUCUGGGCCAAGGGAGAUAAGGAACUGGAGCUGUGUGAAAAGUACUCCCUGCAGUACACCAGCACACGUGCCAUGGCCAUUAUCAAAUUCUGUGACAGAGAUGAUACUGGGAAGUACGUUCUCACUGUAAAGAACGCCAGUGGCAUCAAGUCAGCCGAAGUUAACGUGCAAGUACUUGAUACACCUGGUGCUCCUGACGGCAAAAUCACCAUCAGCCAUAUUUCUGAAGAGAAAUGCACUGUGUCUUGGAAACCCUCUCUGGAGAGUGGUGGUGACCCGGUGACACAUUACAUUGUUGAGAGACGCGACACCAACCGACUCAACUGGGUGAUCAUGGAAGCUGAGUGCAAGGAACACACCUGUGAGAUCACCAGACUGUUCAAAAACACUGAGUACCUCUUCCGCGUGAGAGGUGUCAACAAGUAUGGAUCCGGCGUUCCACUGCAAUCUGGUCCUAUCAUCGCCAGAAACAUGUUCACUGUCCCAUCUGCUCCUGGCACACCAGAGAUUCUUGCUGUAGGAAAAGAUUUUGCUAGCAUUGAAUGGUUAAAACCAGAGAGCGACGGUGGCAGUCCUAUAACUGGCUAUCUGAUUGAGAAACAUGAAAAGAAGAGUGCCAGAUGGAUCAAGGUGAACAGAGAUGCCACACUUAUGGACACAAGCUUCAAGAUAACUGGCCUCGUGGAGGGCAACAUCUACCAGUUCCGUGUAUCAGCUGUCAACAAGGCUGGUGAGAGUGAACCCAGUGAGCUGUCUCUCUAUGUUGUCUGCAGAACGCCAACAAGUACUCCUCCACCUCCCACAAUUCCACGUAUUAUUGAUACUACCAAGGACAGUGUCAGCCUUGCUUGGACCAGACCCUUGGAGGACGGAGGUUCUGAUAUCAUCGGAUACGUUCUGGAGAAGCAAGAACAGGAGGAGGGAGCUGAGAAGCCGCCUGAGCCAAAACCUGAGAAGGUACCUGAGAAAGUCGUUUCGAAGGGAGCCAGUCUAGGAGCCAAGAAAACAGUUGUGUUUGUGGAGGAAGAGUCGGAGGAGGAAGGCGAUGAGGAAGAAGAGGAGGAGGAGGAAGAGGAAGGUACAGGUGUGUGGGUUAAGGCCCAUGAGAAGAACCUGAGACUCACAGAACACGUUGUGACUGGCCUUACAACUGGAAAGAUGUACCGCUUCAGAGUGGCUGCAGUUAACUUCAAUGGAGUCGGUGAAUUUAGUAGAGCCUGCGCAGCAGUCGAGGUUAUCGAGAAAAUUGAAACUCCUGAUAUUGAGCUUCAUGAUGAUAUGACCAAGACCAUCUGCCUGAGAGCCGGAGGUUCUCUUCGUCUCUUUGCCACAGUCAUUGGACGACCAAUCCCUGCAGUUACCUGGAGCAAACCUGGUGUCGACCUCAACAACCGUGGCUUCAUUGAAGUCACUAAAACUUCCACACAAAUCAUUAUUGACAAAGUGCACCGCUAUGAUGCUGGCAAAUAUACCAUUGAGGCAAAGAAUGAAUCUGGCGAAAAGACAGCUACCAUUAUUGUCAAGGUCUAUGAUACUCCUGGUCCAACUGGCCCAAUUAAGGUCAAGGAACUUGAGAAGGACUCCAUUACCAUUGCAUGGGAUCCUCCUACUGUUGAUGGUGGAGCACCAGUGAAUAAUUACAUCAUUGAGAGACGCGAAGCAUCAAUGAGAGCUUACAAAACUGUGACAUCCAAAUGCAGCAAGACAUCAUACAAAAUCGACGGACUCUUCGAGGGAAUGCUGUAUUACUUCAGAGUCCUCCCAGAAAACCUGUACGGUGUGGGAGAGCCAUGUGAAACCCCUGAUGUCAUUUUGGUGUGCGAGGUGCCUUUGCCCCCUGCGACACUGGAGGUUCUGGAUAUCACCAAGACCACAGUAACACUUGGAUGGGAGAAACCAGAGCAUGACGGUGGAAGCAGACUCACAGGCUACAUCAUUGAAGCUUGUAAAUUUGGCACAGACAAAUGGAUGAAGGUGACAACAGUGAAGACGACUGACUUUGAGUUCACUAUGACUUCUUUGACUGAGAAAGAUCAGUUUAUGUUCAGAGUCAGAGCUGUUAACAGCAGGGGAGCCAGUGUACCAAAGGAGCUUGUUGCAGCCGUAACAGUCCAAGAACAAAGAGUUCUGCCAAAGGUUGAUCUGUCUAGCAUCCCACAGAAGUUUGUCAAUGUGUUGGCUGGUAAACCACUUGAGCUGCACUUGCCAAUAGUCGGUAGACCCCCACCAGUUUGCUCAUGGUACUUCAGUGGUCAGAAGCUGAAGAUCACUGAGCGUACGAAGAUUCAGACCACUGGAAAGUUCUCUAAGCUAACUGUGCUUGAUACUUCCAUCGAUGACAGCGGUAACUACACUCUUGAAGUGAAGAACGUCACAGGAGAGACAUCUGAGAUCAUUAAAGUGAUCAUUCUUGACAAACCUGAUGAGCCUAAAGGACCGGCCAGGUUUGAUGGGGUUGAUGCCACCUCAGUGACCAUCAGCUGGGAUCCUCCAGAGAGAAACGGAGGUGCCCCUGUCAGCGGCUAUGUUGUUGAGCAGCGUGAAGCCCACCGUCCUGGAUGGCUGCCAGUAUCUGAGUCUGUCAGUAGACCAACAUUCACCUUCGUCAAACUGACAGAAGGAGAUGAAUACAUGUUCCGUGUCGCAGCAGUCAAUCGCUACGGUGUUGGUAACUGGCUGCAGUCUGAAGUUGUGAUGUGCAAGAGCGCAACGAACAUCCCUGGACCUCCAGGCAGACCAUCAGUAUUUGACAUGUCUCGUGAUGGCAUGACCAUUGCAUGGCUGGAACCAGAGGAUGAUGGUGGAUCUGAGGUGUCUGGAUACAUCAUUGAGCGCAAGGAGGUCAGAUCUGACAGAUGGGUGCGUUCUAACAAGAACCCAGUCACCAUGACCAGAUACAGAUCAACAGGUCUGAUAGAAGGCCUUGAGUAUGAACAUAGAGUAACGGCAAUCAACGCUAGAGGUGUUGGCAAACCAAGUGUUGUCUCCUUAACAGCAGUGGCAACUGAUCCCGUUGAUCCACCUGGCUCACCCCAGAACCCAAGAGUCACAGACACCACAAAAUCAUCCGUGUCCCUGGCCUGGAGUCCUCCUGAUGAGGAAGGUGGAUGUAAGGUCUCAGGUUAUCUGAUUGAGAUGCAGAAAGCAGGCUCAGUCACCUGGAUCAAAUGUAACACAACACCUUCUCUGAUCUGUGAAUACACACUCACCAAAAUGCCCCAAGGAGAGGAGUUCAAGUUCCGUGUGAUGGCUUGCAACGCCGGUGGACCCGGAGAACCCGCUGAGGUCCCUGGAACAGUCACUGUGAAGGAAAUGCUUGAAAAACCUGAUCAUGAGCUGGAAGCCAAGUACAAGGAUAUCUUUGUCGUCAGAUAUGGCAGUGUUGUCAAACUCUCAGUGCCCAUCAAGGGUAAACCAGUUCCUACAUGCAAGUGGACAAAGGAAGGCGCUGAUGUGCCUGAGAGAGCAAUGAUCGCUUCCAAUGACGACUGCACUGAGCUGGUAAUCAAGGGUGCAGAAAGAGACGACUCUGGCACUUAUGACCUACUGCUUGAGAACAAGUGUGGCAAGAAGAACGUUCACAUCAAGGUGAAGGUUAUUGGCCGUCCAACUGCUCCAGAGGGACCACUGGGAUUCGAAGACGUCCAGGCACAAUCUGUUAAGUUGACAUGGAAGGCUCCUUCAGAUGAUGGUGGCUCUGAAAUCCUUGGAUACAUUGUUGAGAGACAGCAGGUUCCAAAGACAGCCUGGUACACUGUAGAAACCAGGGUUGUGGAUACAUCUUUCAUUGUGAAGGGACUCGAGGAGGGACAAGAGUAUCACUUCAAGGUGACAGCUGAAAAUACAUUCGGUAUCAGUGGAUCGCUGAAGUCAACAGAACCCCUCAUACCGAAGACUCCUCUCUGUCCCCCAGAGACAUCAAGCAUCCCACCAGAGGUUAUGGAUGUGACUAAGAGCUCUGCCUCUCUGUCUUGGUCAAGACCUAAGGAUGACGGUGGCUCUGCCAUUACCGGAUACUAUGUUGAGUACAAAGCAGUAUCCUCUGAGACAUGGGUUCGUCAUGAGAAGAAGGUCGUUUCAACCCAGUUUACCAUCCCUGGACUCACUGCUGAUGCUGAAUACCAGUUCCGUGUUAUUGCUCAAAAUUAUAUUGGAGACAGCGAACCAGGACCUGCAUCCGAACCAGUCACAUGCAAAGAUCCAUUCGACAAACCAAGCCAACCAGGCGAGAUUGACACAGUAACUGUCACAAAAGACGCAGUCGCCAUCAAGUGGGCGGCGCCAGAAUGCGAUGGUGGAAAGGAGAUCCUUGGUUACUGGGUUGAAUACAGGAAGUCUGCAGAGGCUACCUGGAAGAAAUGCAACAAGACACGCACCAAGGAGAAAAAGUUCACCAUAACUGGUCUGGCCGAAGCCACUGAGUAUGAGUUCAGAGUGAUGGCUGAGAAUGAGACCGGAAUCAGCAGACCACGCAGAACAGCCACAUGCAUCAAGACCAAACUGAGCACUGGAACUCAACCAAGCCUGAGGAAAGAAAUGGAUGAAGUUACGACUAAAUUAUACCAACCAGGAAUUAUGAAAUGCCAGAUUAUUGGUAGACCUCUUCCCGAUAUCAAAUGGUAUAAAUCUGGCAAGGAGAUAAUCGAGUCUCGUAAAUAUGAGAUGAGCUCUGAUGGCCGUAACCAUUCACUGACCAUUAUGACAGACCAACAAGAGGAUGAAGGAGAAUACACAUGCAAGGCUAUCAAUGAUGCAGGUGAAGCAGAGACCAGUGGCAUUCUCGUUUUGGAAACUGCUCCACAGUUCAAUCCUGACUUCCCAUUGAAGAAUACCUACUAUGCCGAAAGCGGCACUACUCUGCGUCUACAUGUUGCCUACAUUGGACGCCCUGAGCCUAAGAUCAUGUGGCUUUAUGGAGCUACAACUGUGGUGGCUUCUGAGAAUAUCAGCAUUGAAAACACAGAGCAUUACACUCACCUGGUGAUCAAGAAUGUGCAACGCAGGGUACAUGGAGGAAAAUACAGAGUCAGACUGCACAAUCACUUUGGCAGAGCUGAUACUCUCAUCAACGUUGAAAUCCAAGAUAAACCUGCAAUGCCUGAAGGUCCCAUUGUACUUGAUGCCCUGUUGAAGAACUCUGUGAUUAUUAGCUGGAAACCACCAAAGGAUGAUGGUGGAUCAAUGAUCACAAACUACAUCGUGGAGAAGCGUGAAGACAAGGAGGUUGAUGACUGGACACUCGUGUCCUCGUCCAUCACAGGCACAAACUGCCGCAUUGCCAACCUCGUAGUAAACGCUGGGUACUUCUUCCGUGUGUAUGCUCAAAAUCGUUAUGGCAACAGUGAGCCACUGGAGAUCCCUACUCCCAUCCUUAUCAAGAGUUCAAUGGAUAAACCUUCACCACCACUGAUGCCAGUGGUUUCUGGUGUGACCAACGUUUCCUGUGUGUUGUCCUGGAAGCCUCCACUCAUUGAUGGUGGCUCCAAGAUCAAGAGCUACUGCCUUGAGAAGAAGGAGAAGAAGGGCGAAUGGACACCUGUCACUACUGAUGAAAUCAAAUCCACAGUCUUUUCUGUCAAACGCCUCACUGAAGGAUGUGAAUAUAUCUUCAGAGUGAACUGUGAAAACCUUGGAGGAGUGAGUGAUUGGAGUGUGGAAUCUGAACCCGUCGUUCCAAAGACGCCUGUUGAUGUCCGUGCUCCCGCCUUCAAAGAAGAACUGAGGAAUAUGAGUGUCAAAUAUAAGAGCAACGCCACCUUUGUUUGCAAGAUCACAGGACAACCCAAGCCUGUAAUUAAAUGGUUCAGACGUGGCAAGGAGAUCCAAUCUGACGGAAAGAAACUGAAGAUUCAAGAGUUCAAGGGAGGCUAUCACCAACUGGUUAUCUCCGCUGCUGAUGAGGAAGACUCUACUGUCUACCAGAUCAGAGCAACCAACCAGGGCGGAUCCAUCUGCACCACUGUCUCUCUGGAUGUUGAAGUCCCUGCCAAGAUUAACCUGCCCAAGAAUCUGAAGGACAAAGAGGCUAUCCCUGCCCUCCGUGGAGAGAUUGUGAAUAUCAAGAUUCCAUUCAGUGGCAAACCUGAUCCUGUCAUCACCUGGCAGAAGGGACAAGACCUCAUUGAUAACAACGGAUACUACCAAGUCAUCGUCACAAGGUCAUUCACAUCGCUCGUGUUCCCCAACGGAGUUGAUAGGAAGGAUGCCGGUUUCUACAUCGUUUGUGCCAAGAACAGAUUUGGUAUUGACCAACAGACAGUUGAACUGGAUGUUGCCGAUGUGCCCGACCCACCACGUGGUAUCAAAGCAAGUGAUGUUUCUAGAGACUCAGUCACUCUGAGUUGGCAAGUACCUGCUAAUGAUGGUGGAAGCAGAGUAGCCAGCUAUGUUGUGGAGAAGUGUCCCACAACAUCUGACAGAUGGGAACGUGUUGCCCAGUCUCGUGAUACUCGCUACACCAUCAUCAACCUGUUCGGAGGAACCAGCUACCAGUUCAGAGUCAUAGCCGAGAACAAAUUCGGUCAAAGUCAACCAUGUGAACCAAGUAGUCCCGUUACAACAAAGGAGGACAAAUCAAGAGUCCUUGGCUAUGACAGCGAGGUUAGUGACAGAGAUGUUCCCAAGCAAAAGGCUCCACAUUCAUGUGCCAAGAAUGUGCAUACCAAGUACAUGAUUGCUGAGGAGCUGGGCCGUGGCCAGUUUGGUAUCGUUCACCGUUGUGUUGAGACCAGCUCUAAGAGGACAUACAUGGCCAAAUUCGUCAAGGUGAGGGGUGCAGAUCAAGCAUUCAUCAAGAAAGAAAUUGCUACACUUAACCUGGCCAGACACAACAACUUCUUGUGUCUUCAUGAGUCCUUCGACAGCACUGAGGAAUUAGUCAUUAUCUAUGACUUCGUCUCAGGUCAAGACAUCUUUGAACGCCUCGGCACAGCCGACUUUGAGCUGAAUGAGCGUGAAAUCGUCAACUACAUCAGACAAGUAUGUGAAGCUCUUGAGUUCUUACACGACAAGAUGUAUGGCCACUUUGACAUCAGGCCUGAAAACAUUGUGUACACCACAAGAAAGGGCAGUAAAGUCAAGAUCAUUGAGCUAGGACAGGCAAGACACCUGACUCCUGGCGACCAGAUCAAGGUUCAGUAUACUACAGCUGAGUACGCUGCUCCUGAGAUCCACCAGAAUGACAUGGUCAGCAGUGUUACUGACAUGUGGCCAGUAGGUGUUCUAGUCUAUGUCCUUCUCAGUGGACUCAAUCCAUUUACUGCCGAGACUCAUCAGCAGAUGAUUGACAACAUCUCAAAUGCUGAAUACAGUUACGAUGACGAAACCUUCAAAGUACCUACUGUUGAAGCAUUAGACUUUAUCAACCGCCUUCUCACCAAGGAGCGCAAGCACCGUAUGACUGCUGCCCAAGCUUUAGAACAUCCUUGGCUAAAGAUGCAAGCAGAAGUACUCAGUGCCACAGCAAUAAUGACCACAAGGCAUAAGAGAUACUACCAGGCCAUGGCAAAGAAAGAAUGGGCCACUGUCGUUGCAGGAGCAAGAGUUGCUAGCGGCGGUGCAAUCAGAGCCCAGAGAGGUGUCACAGUUGCCAAAGUAAAGAUCGCACCAUUUGAACAUGGCCCAGUCGGUGGUCAAAUCAUUCAUACAGUGGUGGAUGUGGGAGCAGAUGUCAAAUUUGCUUGCAACAUUGAAAACUAUGACAGCGCCACAGAGGUAACAUGGUACUGUGGUGUGCGUCAACUAGAGGCAAGUGACAAGUAUGAAAUCGACUAUGAGGAUGGUCUAGCUGUUAUAUGUAUCAAGGGAGUCACGAAAGCAGAUGACGGCACCUAUAGAUGCAAGAUCAUCAACGAUUAUGGUGAGGACAGUGCCUACGGAGAGCUCUUUGUAAACGGAGUCAGAUCAUACCGCGAGUACUUCACAGCCCGUGUGGUGAGGAAAGUGAAACGUAGAGUGGACACAGCAAGACUGCUCCAGAAACCACCAGAGUUCACCCUGCCCUUGUUCAACCAUGCAGCUUACAUCGGAGAAGAUGUUCGAUUCGGUGUGACUAUCACUGUGCACCCUGAGCCUCGUGUUACAUGGUACAAAUCUGGCCAGAAGAUUGUUCCUGGUGAUGAUGAGAAAAAGUACACUUUCAUAACCGACAAGGGUCUUUAUCAAUUGGUGAUUCACUGUGUUGAUGCUGAUGACGAUGCGGAGUACUCAGUUGUGGCCCGUAAUAGAUUUGGUGAUGACAGCUGUAAGGCAAAACUGGCUGUGACACCUCGCCCAGCACCAGCAGACAAUACCUUGAGGCCCAUGUUCAAACGUCUCCUGGCAAACGUGGAGUGUAGGGAAGGCCAGAAUGCACGCUUUGAAAUCAGAGUGUCAGGACUCCCAACUCUGAAGUGGGAGAAAGAUGGCAUGCCAUUGGCAUUUGGUCCACAAAUUGAAGUGGUCCAUGAGGGCCUGGAUUACUUUGUCCUGCAUGUGAAAGAUACUCUACUUGACGAUUCUGGCUGUUACAGAGUUACUGCAACCAACUCAGCUGGAUCUGCCAGUUGUCAAGCCAUUCUCAAGGUGGACCGCAUCACCCAUGUGAAAAAGGUUUACGAGAGUGAAAGAGACAAAAAGAAACAAGCAGAGAAAGAACAAAUUGAGAAGAAGGUCAGAUUAUCUCAAAUCAUGUCUGGAACUGAUGUCAUGCCACUUCCUACUUUGGCACAACAAGCUUUGAGAGAAGCGACAUUGUUGUGCCAACCAGUAGAGGCAACCAAAAAGGACAAGACUGAAGCCGAAGAUAAGAAACGGGCAGAAGAAAGGAAAAAGAGAGCAGAGGAGAAGAGACUGCGUAUGCCUUAUGAUGUUCCCCAACCUCGUGAACGUGGCCCAACUGCUCUUUUGGAAGAUAUGGAAAUCAAACACUACAAACCUUGCUCUGACAUGAAAUGGUACAAGAAACUCCGCGAUCAAUAUGAGUUCCCUGAACCAAUGGACAAGAUUUCACAGAAGAGACUGAAACGCAUCCGUCUCUCCAGGUGGGAUCAGUUCUACGAAGUCCCUCUGCCAAGAAUCAAGGAAUCUUACAAGCCAAAGUGGCGUAUUCCACAAGUUUCACAGGAUGAUUUGGAGACUGUCAGACCUUCAAGGCAGCGCACUCCAUCUCCUGAAAUAGAAGCAUAUCACAGAAUCAGAAGAAGGUCUCUUGGUGAUCUCUCAGAUGAGGAGCUUCUCCUGCCAAUUAAUGAAUAUCUGGCAAUGAAGAGAACUGAGGAGGAGAGACUUCAACUUGAGGAAGAACUAGAACUUGGCUACUCUGCAUCCCCACUAAGCCUUAGCCCUGUACGCUUUGAAUUAGGUGCACUGCGCCACACAUCACCAAGACGCACAGUCUAUGAAGGUGUGGGUGAGGGUGAAGAGGUUCCAUUAUAUGAAAACUAUCGUAUUCCUUCUAAGUAUGAGGCUGGUCCAAGCUAUGUUGACCUUCGCCUGCGCCAUGACAAGGCUACAUUCCGACCACCAAGACAAAACCAGAGAGUGUUGGAGGAGAGGGAGGAUCGAGAGAUGCUGAGAAAUGUGAAAACGACUCAAAGAAUAACCGGUUACAAGAGUGAACUGAAACACAUGGAGUUUGAAGAAAAAACUAGAACCGUGAAGAAAGACAGAACUACAACUUCCCAUGUGUCAACAUAUAUAGCAACUAAAACUGAGGGGAGAAGGUCACCCACCCCCGAAAGAACCCGUCCGCGUUCCCCUAGUCCUCUUGCUACUGUCAGAUCAGCCUCCAGAUCCAAGGUGGAGACUGUACAGUUGGCAAAAGUUGACCACCUGGCAAGAUAUGAGUCAAGAAAAGCCGUUCUGAGAUCCGAGCGGACAUCAGUAGAAAGGAAGGAGGUUGUAAGUAUGCAGCCCUUCAGCCUCGACCAUACCCCACGAGUCACUGUGAGGAUGCGUUCCCAUCGUGUGCCAUACGGUCAGCACACCAAAUUUACACUGAACGUCCAAUCAAAGCCAACCGCUGAGGUGAAGUGGUACCAUAACGGACAACUGAUAACCGAGAGCAGGAGGUACCGUAUAUCCAACCUGAGCGGAGUUCUGUAUCUUCAAAUUCUUGACUGCACCACAGAAGACAGUGGCACUUACCGUGUUGUCUGUACUAAUGCAGUGGGAGAAUGCUCAGACUAUGCCACUCUGGAUGUCGCAGGCAUGGGAGAGUAUUCUAGCUAUAUGGCACCUCGCGAAGACGAGGAACCCCCAGCUCUUCCUGUGGCAACCAAGAUAGGUGCUUACCAAAUAGCCUCCAAGACGGUGAAGACUGUUGAAACACACGAAACACACAUGGAGCAGUCCAGCACAUUUAAAGGAAAGAAGACUACUCUACCCGCAUCUAUCCUAACAAAACCACAGUCCCUCACCUUAAAUGAGGGAGAGACUGCAAGAUUUGCAUGUGAUGUUGACGGUGAACCAGUGGCAACUGUAACCUGGAUGCGUGAGGGACAAAUGAUCGGAUCUUCUGUUCGCCACCAUGUCACUACAGAACAGUACAAGUCUACUUUUGAAAUCACCUCUGUUGAGAUGUCAGACGAAGGCAGCUACUCAAUCAUGGUGGAAAACUCUGAGGGCAGCCAAGAGGCGCACUUCAGUCUAACCAUCCGCCGAUCGGAAGCCAAAGAGGAGGUCUCUUCUACAGUGACAUACUCAUACGAAGAGCCUCCAAUGCAUUCCCCUAGUCCAGUCAUGUCUCCACCAAGGAUGAAGUCUCCUGAAUCAAUCAGCUCUCCAAAGAGAGUUAAGUCCCCUACCAGCCCUACACCUAAGUCACCCACUGAGAAAGUCACCCUCAAAACCAAGCCCUCCAUCUCAUCUGGUCUUCAGGACAUGACCGCAUCUGCAGAUUCCAUCGUCAAGCUGACAGUGAAAAUGACUAGAGAUCCUAAAACUGAGAUCUCAUGGAUGAAGGAUGGAAAGACUCUCAUUCACGGUGGAAAAUAUGAAAUUCAUGAAGAGCAUGAUUCGGCACACCUUGAAAUCUAUGAAUCUGAGGCCUCUGACAGUGGAGUUUACAAAUGCACAGUCACCAAUAGUGCUGGGUCAUCAUCCACAAGCUGCAUUGUCUCUAUUCAAGCCUCAAACAAAUCCAAAGCACUUGCAACAAAAACAGAAAUUUCAGAGCAAGUUAUUAAAAAGGAAAUUGUCUACGGAGAGGUUGAGUCUUACACAGAAAUCAAGGCAUCCCAUACUCAGAUGGCCAUGACUGAAGGCCAGUCUCUCACCCUGAGAGCCAACAUCCCCAGAGCUUCAGAUAUCAGAUGGAUCCUGAACGGAAUGGAACUGGCCAACUCAGAGGACUACAGAUAUGGUGUGUCUGGAAACAACCAUACUAUGACCAUCAAAAAGGUCAGCCAAUACGAGCAGGGGGUCAUCACAUGUGAAGCCAAAACCGAACAUGGCCUUGUCAAGUGCCAGUUCAACACUACUGUUACUGAAGCACGAUCAGAUGCACCAUCAUUCCUUGUGCAGCCACGCUCUCAGAAUGUCAAUGAAGGACAGAACGUCAAGUUCACAUGUGAGAUUGCAGGAGAGCCUGCCCCUGAAAUCGAGUGGUUUAAGGACAACAUAAUGGUAUCUAUGACCUCAAACACGAAACUGAGCCGUUCCAAAAAUGUAUACACUCUGGAGAUUAUUGAGGCCACAGUUGCAGACAACGGCAAAUACACCAUCAAAGCCGUAAACAAAUAUGGACAGUGCUCUGCAACAUCAUCUCUCAACGUCAUCACUCUUGUUGAAGAACCUGCCAAAAUGGUUAUAAUGGAGCAAAGAGCUGCUGCUGCCAGCUUGCACAGUGACAGUUUCUCAGCCACAUCAGUCCAUAUGGCUGGAGCAUCAAUGACACAUGAAGGUUCUUUCCAAAGACAAUUUGAAAGCAUGUCUGCUGCUAGCAUGUCCGCCAUGACAUCUGAAUCAAUGGUAUCCAUGAGCUCCAGCAGUAUGAUGAAAAUGUCAAGUGAAAUAACGUCAAGUCAUGCUAGUUCAAUGUCAACUCAUGGAUCCUCAAUGACUGCUCUUACUCAUGGUGUUGGUAAAGCUCCCAAAAUCGAAUUUCUCCCAGAGGAUGUCAGCAUUGAGCCAGGAAGGCCUUUGAGCGUGUCCUGUGCUUUCUCUGGAGACCCAACACCUGAGAUUGAGUGGACCCGCACAGGGAAACAGUGUGAUGAAGACAGUGACCGGUUCCACAUCGAGACCACGGAGGACCUCACCACCCUUGUAAUCCCCUGUGUGAAGGAAGACGAUGCCGGAGCGUACACCCUCAAACUGUCCAACAAGCUUGGAUCUACCAUGGCAACUGUCAACAUUCAUAUUCGAUCCAUGUAAAAAACAACAACACGUAAACAUAUCAUUUCUAUCCCCCAUUUUCCCUCCUCCAGUACCUUUUUAUUUAUUGAAUUAGCAAAAAAUAAUCUUUACUUGAUAAAGACCUGGAUUUCUGUUCUUGUAAAUAUGAACUAUUUUUAUACCAAACUUGACAUAAAUUUAUGCCAAACUAGACUAAAGUCUAAAGUUGUUAUAAAAUGUGCCAUAUUGGAUAAUUAUGACUAGGAUUUUUGAACCACUUUUCUGUGACAUGUACAUAAUGUAUAUAGCCGAAUUUAACGGUUAUGGAAAAUGUAUGAAUUGUUAUUUAUGACAAUAUUAACUGAAACAAAAGGAACUAAAUGUUUAACAGGAGAAAGUUUCACAUGAAACGAAUACCCUGAAAAACCUGAAACUAAACUCCGUGCCUCAACAAAAAGUUGAAGUCUUAAGAUUUCCUCAACAGGUAGAGAGGUUCCCUGUUGAAGUUUAUACUAAAUCAGAGAAAGACAAUGUUAUGCACCGUGCAUCUGUGCGUGCAAUAUUACAAAUACUCAUAUGAAUUGUAACAUGAUCAUAAGACCCUGAGUGCUGUUUGCAUAAACCCUCAUGUAAGUAGCACAACUAGGUCUUGUGUUCAGACUGACUAUGUCAUACCACCAUUUUAAUGACAUGCUAAAAGUGCGAGCGGCCUGCACUUUGAGCUCUAUUUUUAUGUGCUCUGUUUCCGGCAAUGGACAGUUGAAUUGGCUUUUUAAAACGUAACAUCACCUGGCCAUUAAAAAACAAAAGUCAAUUCAAGUACUUCGUUGCAGAAACAGUGCCACCUCUUGGAGGAUUGUUAGGUAAUAUUUUGUGUGUGUGAGUGUGUUUAAGUUUUAGAAUUUCACCUUGCCAGUAGUCAGGGUAACCAUCAAGUGAAUGUACCAUGGUGAUACCAUCUACCGUGAAACAAAGAAAGCAAAAAGCAUGAAUAAUAAUGCCCUGCACUUUGAUUUAACUGAGUCUAUUGAUGUAGAAUUACUACUAUAUUCAUCCUCCUUGAGUUUUAUUUGACUGAUUUAAUAAAGCAUGAUUUCAG